AUGUACCUGCUUAACAUGGUGUUAUCUUCAUUGUAGCCUGACAGGGGGGCAAAGCGUCUACGGGCUGGGGAUGAUGAUGAUGUUGAUGACCCCAGAAGCAAGAAGGUUGGCAGAGAACUGGCCAGACACCUGGAGAGAGAUGACAGUGAGGACCCGAGUGGUGACAGGAAGAGGAUACUGGAGAAACUCAUGGAUGACGAUGAGGACGCAGACGACCAAGAGGUGGGGAAAGUUUUACUGACAUGAUAAAGCAUGCAUGCAGAGUUAAAUGCGCUGAUCUUGUUCCUAAAAUAUUUUUUUUGUCUUGGUAACACUUUUCACAAGAGGGCACUCUGUUUUCAGGGUGAACCAGUGGAUGAGAGUUCGGUGAAGAAAAUGAUCCUGACCUUUGAAAAAAGGUCCUACAAAAACCAAGAGCUGAGGAUAAAGUUCCCAGACACCCCGGGGAGGUGAGUUUAUGAGAGGGACAUUUAUACAUAGGGCUGUGACGGUCAUGGAACUUUGGAUGUCGGUAAUUGGUCAGCCAAAUGACCGCGGUCAUCAUAAUAACCAUUCUAAUAGCUAUUAUUAUUGUAUAUACAGUACUAGUCAAAUGUUUGGACACACCUACUCAUUCCAGGGUUUUUCUUUAUUUUUAAAAUUUUCUACAUUGUAGAAUAAUAGUGAAGACAUCAAAAUUAUGAAAUAACACAUGGAAUCAUGUAGAAACCAAAAAAGUGUUAAACAAAUCAAAAUAUAUUUUAUAUUCUUCAAAGUAGCCACCCUUUGCCUUGAUGACAGCUUUGCACACUCUUGGCAUUCUCUCAACCAGCUUCACCUGGAAUGCUUUUCCAACAGUCUUGAAGGAGUUCCCACAUAUGCUGAGCACUUGUUAGCUGCUUUUCCUUCACUCUGCGGUCAAAUUCAUCCCAAACCAUCUCAAUUGGGUUGAGGUCAGGUGAUUGUGGAGGCCAGGUCAUCUGAUGCAGCACUCCAUCACUCUCCUUCUUGGUCAAAUAGCCCUUACACAGCCUGGAGGUGUAUUGGGUCAUUGUCCUGUUGAAAAACAAAUGAUAGUCCCACCAAGCGCAAACCAGAUGGGAUGGCGUAUCGCUGCAGAAUGCUGUGGUAGACAUGCUGGUUAAGUGUGCCUUGAAUUCUAAAUAAAUCACAGACAGUAUCACCAGCAAAACACCCCCACAACUCCUCUACCAUGCUUCACGGUGGGCACCACACAUGCAGAGAUCAUCCGUUCACCUACUCUGCGUCUCACAAAGACACGGCGGUUGGAACCAAAAAUCACAAAUUUGGACUCAUCAGACCAAAGGACAGAUUUCCACCGGUCUCAUGUCAAUUGCUUGUGUUUUUUGGCCCAAGCAAGUCUCUUCUUCUUAUUGGUGUCCUUUAGUAGUGGUUUCUUUGCAGCAAUUUGACCAUGAAAGCCUGAUUCACACAGUCUCGUCUGAACAGUUGAUGUUGAGAUGUCUGUUACUUGAACUCUGUGAAGCAUUUAUUUGGGCUGCAAUCUGAGGUGCAGUUAACACUAAUGAACUUAUCCUCUGCAGCAGAGGUAACUCUGGGUCUUCCUUUCCUGUGGUGGUCCUCAUGAGAGCCAGUUUCUUCUGCACCUGGAAUGCAUUUCAAUUAACAGGUGUGCCUUGUUAAAAGUUCAUUUGUGGAAUUUCUUUCCUUAAUGCGUUUGAGCCAAUCAGUUGUGCUGUGACAAGGUAGGGGUGGUAUACAGAAGAUAGCCCUAUUUGGUAAAAGACGAAGUCCAUAUUAUGGCAAGAACAGCUCAAAUAAGCAAAGAGAAACGACAGUCCAUCAUUACUUUAAGACAUGAAGGUCAGUCAAUCCGGAAAAUGUCAAGAACUUUGAAAGUUUCUUCAAGUGAAGUCGCAAAAACCAUCAAGCGCUAUGAAGAAACUGGCUCUCAUGAGGACCACCACAGGAAAGGAAGACCCAGAGUUACCUCUGCUGCAGAGGAUAAAUUCAUUAGUGUUAACUGCACCUCAGAUUGCAGCCCAAAUAAAUGCUUCACAGAGUUCAAGUAACAGACACAUCUCAACAUCAACUGUUCAGACGAGACUGUGUGAAUCAGGAUUUCAUGGUCAAAUUGCUGCCAAGAAACCACUACUAAAGGACACCAAUAAGAAGAAGAGACUUGCUUGGGCCAAAAAACACAAGCAAUUGACAUGAGACCGGUGGAAAUCUGUCCUUUGGUCUGAUGAGUCCAAAUUUGUGAUUUUUGGUUCCAACCGCCGUGUCUUUGUGAGACGCAAGAGUAGGUGAACGGAUUAUCUCUGCAUGUGUGGUGCCCACCGUGAAGUAUGGUAGAGGCGUUGUGGGGGUGUUUUGCUGGUGAUACUGUCUGUGAUUUAUUUAGAAUUCAAGGCACACAGCAUUCUGCAGCGAUACGCCAUCCCAUCUGGUUUGCGCUUGGUGGGACUAUCAUUUGAUUUUCAACAGGACAAUGACCCAAUACACCUCCAGGCUGUGUCAGGGCGAUUUGACCAAGAAGUAGAGUGAUGGAGUGCUGCAUCAGAUGACCUGGCCUCCACAAUCACCUUACCUCAACCCAAUUGAGAUGGUUUGGGAUGAGUUUGACCGCAGAGUGAAGGAAAAGCAGCUCAGCAUACGUGGGAACUCCUUCAAGACUGUUGGUAAAGCAUUCCAGGUGAAGCUGGUUGAGAGAAUGUCAAGAGUGCAAAACUGUCAUCAAGGCAAAGGGUGGCUACUUUAAAGAAUAUAAAAUAUAUUUUGAUUUGCUUAACACUUUUUUGGUUUCUACAUGAUUCCAUAUGUGUUAUUUCAUAGUUUUGAUGUCUUCACUAUUAUUCUACAAUGUAGAAAAUAGUACAACUAUAGAAAAACCCUUGAAUGAGUAGGUGUGUCCAAACUUUUGACUGGUACUGUGUGUGUGUGUGUGUGUGUGUGUAUGUAUGUAUGUAUGUAUGUAUGUAUGUAUGUAUGUAUGUAUGUGUAUAUAUAUACAGUGGGGAGAACAAGUAUUUGAUACACUGCCGAUUUUGCAGGUUUUCCUACUUACAAAGCAUGUAGAUGUCUGUAAUUUUUAUCAUAGGUACACUUCAACUGUGAGAGACGGAAUCUAAAACAAAAAUCCAGAAAAUCACAUUGUAUGAUUUUUAAGUAAUUAAUUUGAAUUUUUUUGCAUUACAUACAGUGAGGGAAAAAAGUAUUUGAUCCCCUGCUGAUUUUGUAUGUUUGCCCACUGACAAAGAAAUGAUCAGUCUAUCAUUUUAAUGGUAGGUUUAUUUGAACUGUGAGAGACAGAAUAACAACAAAAAAAUCCAGAAAAACGCAUGUCAAAAAUAUUAUAAAUUGAUUUGCAUUUUAAUGAGGGAAAUAAGUAUUUGACCCCCUCUCAAUCAGAAAGAUUUCUGGCUCCCAGGUGUCUUUUAUACAGGUAACGAGCUGAGAUUAGGAGCACACUCUUAAAGGGAGUGCUCCUAAUCUCAGUUUGUUACCUGUAUAAAAGACACCUGUCCACAGAAGCAAUCAAUCAAUCAGAUUCCAAACUCUCCACCAUGGCCAAGACCAAAGAGCUCUCCAAGGAUGUCAGGGACAAGAUUGUAGACCUACACAAGGCUGGAAUGGGCUACAAGACCAUCGCCAAGUAGCUUGGUGAGAAGGUGACAACAGUUGGUGCGAUUAUUCGCAAAUGGAAGAAACAAAAUAACUGUCAAUCUCCCUCAGCCUGGGGCUCCAUGCAAGAUCUCACCUCGUGGAGUUGCAAUGAUCAUGAGAACGGUGAGGAAUCAGCCCAGAACUACACGGGAGGAUCUUGUCAAUGAUCUCAAGGCAGCUGGGACCAUAGUCACCAAGAAAACAAUUGGUAACACACUACGCCGUGAAGGACUGAAAUCCUGCAGCGCCCGCAAGGUCACCCUGCUCAAGAAAGCACAUAUACAGGGCCGUCUGAAGUUUGCCAAUGAACAUCUGAAUGAUUCAGAGGAGAACUAGGUGAAAGUGUUGUGGUCAGAUGAGACCAAAAUCGAGCUCUUUGGCAUCAACUCAACUCGCCGUGUUUGGAGGAGGAGGAAUGCUGCCUAUGACCCCAAGAACACCAUCCCCACCGUCAAACAUGGAGGUGGAAACAUUAUGCUUUGGGGGUGUUUUUCUGCUAAGGGGACAGGACAACUUCACCGCAUCAAAGGGACGAUGGACGGGGCCAUGUAUCCGUCAAAUCUUGGGUGAGAACCUCCUUCCCUCAGCCAGGGCAUUGAAAAUGGGUCUUGGAUGGGUAUUCCAGCAUGACGAUGACCCAAAACACACGGCCAAGGCAACAAAGGAGUGGCUCAAGAAGAAGCACAUUAAGGUCCUGGAGUGGCCUAGCCAGUCUCCAGACCUUAAUCCCAUAGAAAAUCUGUGGAGGGAGCUGAAGGUUCGAGUUGCCAAACGUCAGCCUCAACCUUAAUGACUUGGAGAAGAUCUGCAAAGAGUAGUGGGACAAAAUCCCUCCUGAGAUGAGUGCAAACCUGGUGGCCAACUACAAGAACGUCUGACCUCUGUGAUUGCCAACAAGGGUUUUGCCACCAAGUACUAAGUCAUGUUUUGCAGAGGGGUCAAAUACUUAUUUCCCUCAUUAAAAUGCAAAUGAAUUUAUAACAUUUUUGACAUGCGUAUUUUUCUGUUUUUUGUUGUUAUUCUGUCUCUCACUGUUCAAAUAAACCUACCAUUAAAAUUAUAGACGUAUCAUUUCUUUUUCCAGUUGGCAAACGUACAAAAUCAGCAUGGGAUCAAAUACUUUUUUCCCUCACUGUAAGUAUUUGAUCACCUACCAACCAGUAAGAAUUCCAGCUCUCACAGACCUGUUAGUUUUUCUUUAAGAAGCCCUCCUGUUCUCCACUCAUUACCUGUAUUAACUGCACCUGUUUGAACUCGUUACCUGUAUAAAAGACACCUGUCCACACACUCAAUCAAACAGACUCCAACUUCUCCACAAUGGCCAAGACCAGAGAGCUGUGUAAGGACAUCAGGGAUAAAAUUGUAGACCUGCACAAGGCUGGGAUUGGCUACAGGACAAUAGGCAAGCAGCUUGGUGAGAAGGCAACAACUGUUGGCGCAAUUAUUAGAAAAUGGAAGAAGUUCAAGAUGACGGUCAAUCACCCUCGGUCUGGGGCUCCAUGCAAGAUCUCACCUCGUGGGGCAUCAAUGAUCAUGAGGAAGGUGUGGGAUCAGCCCAGAACUACACGGCAGGACCUGGUCAAUGACCUGAAGAGAGCUGGGACCACAGUCUCAAAGAAAACCAUUAGUAACACACUACGCAGUCAUUGAUUAAAAUCCUGCAGCGCACGCAAGGUCCCCCUGCUCAAGCCAGCGCAUGUCCAGGCCCGUCUGAAGUUUGCCAAUGACCAUCUGGAUGAUCCAGAGGAGGAAUGGGAGAAGGUCAUGUGGUCUGAUGAGACAAAAAUAGAGCUUUUUGGUCUAAACUCCACUCGCCGUGUUUGGAGGAAGAAGAAGGAUGAGUACAACCUCAAGAACACCAUCCCAACCGUGAAGCAUGGAGGUGGAAACAUCAUUCUUUGGGGAUGCUUUUCUGCAAAGGGGACAGGACGACUGCACCGUAUUGAGGGGAGAAUGGAUGGGGCCAUGUAUCGCGAGAUCUUGGUCUGCUAAAUGGCAUAUUAUUAUUAUAAAAAUCUCCUUCCCUCAGUAAAAGCAUUGAAGAUGGGUCGUGGCUGGGUCUUCCAGCAUGACAACGACCCGAAACACACAGCCAGGGCAACUAAGGAGUGGCUCCGUAAGAAGCAUCUCAAGGUCCUGGAGUGGCCUAGCCAGUCUCCAGACCUGAACCCAAUAGAAAAUCUUUGGAGGGAGCUGAAAGUCCGUAUUGCCCAGCGACAGCCCCGAAACCUGAAGGAUCUGGAGAAGGUCUGUAUGGAGGAGUGGGCCAAAAUCCCUGCUGCAGUGUGUGCAAACCUCGUCAAGACCUACAGGAAACGUAUGAUCUCUGUAAUUGCAAACAAAGGUUUCUGUACCAAAUAUUAAGUUCUGCUUUUCUGAUGUAGCAAAUACUUAUGUCAUGCAAUAAAAUGCAAAUUAAUUACUUAAAAAUCAUACAAUGUGAUUUUCUGGAUUUUUGUUUUAGAUUCCGUCUCUCACAGUUGUAAGUGUAUCUAUGAUAAAAAUUACAGACCUCUACAUGCUUUGUAAGUAGGAAAACCUGCAAAUCGGCAGUGUAUCAAAUACUUGUUCUCCCCACUGUAUGUAUAUGUGUGUGUGUGUGUGUAUAUAUAUAUAUAUAUAUAUAUAUAUAUAUAUAUAUAUAUAUAUAUAUAUAUAUAUAUAUAUAUAUAUAUAUAUAUAUAUACAUACAGCUGUGGAAAAAAUUUAGAGACCACUGCAAAUGUUUCUUAAAUCACCAUCUAUACAUGUAUGACUUCCAUUCCAGUGUCUGUUGAAUUCCAACACAGGCACACCUCAUUCUACUGAAUUAGGUACUGAUUAGGUGAUCACAUGAACCAAAUCUUAUUUAAUGAGGAAAAGUAUAAAAACAACUACUGUGGUCAUCACUAUCCUCUUGCAAUAGGACCAGCUGGAUGGCAAAAACUGUACUAAUAGUACCUCAAAAGUAAUAUGAAUAAAACAUUUACUAUUGAACAUGCCAAAAAGUUGGAAAGGAAAGUUUUGAGUGAGGAAAAGAAGGGUGCAAUUCUGGCUUUACUGGCAGAGGAAUACAGUGAGCGUCAGGUUGCUUACAUCCUUAAAAUUUCAAAGAAGGCGGUUCAUAAGAACAAGGUCAAGCAGCAGACCGGCAGAGGGCGAAAACGACUCUACUGACCGGGAUGACCGCCAACUCAUUCGAAUGUCACUCAACAACCGUAGGAUGACAUCAAUUGACCUACAAAAAGAAUGGCAAACGGCAGCUGGGGUGAAGUGCAUGGCGAGGACUGUUCGAAACAGGCUCCUAGGGGCAGGGCUGAAGUCGUGCAAAGCUAGAAAAAAGCCCUUCAUCAAUGAGAAGCAAAGAAGAGCCAGGCUGAGGUUUGCAAAAGACCAUAAGGAUUGGACCGUAGAGGACUGGAGUAAGGUCAUCUUCUCUGAUGAGUCCAAUUUUCAGCUUUGCCCAACACCUGGUCAUCUAAUGGUUAGACGGAGACCUGGAGAGGCCUACAAGCCACAGUGUCUUGCACCCACUGUGAAAUUUGGGGGAGGAUUGGUGAUGAUCUGGGGGUGCUUCAGCAAGGCUGGAAUCGGGCAGAUUUGUCUUUUUGAAGGACGCAUGAAUCAAGCCACGUACAAGGUUGUCCUGGAAGAAAACUUGCUUCCUUUUGCUCUGACAUUGUUCCCCAACUCUGAGGAUUGUUUUUUCCAGCAGGACAAUGUGCCAUGCCACACAGCCAGGUCAAUCAAGGUGUGGAUGGAGGACCACCAGAUCAAGACCCUGUCAUGGCCAGCCCAAUCUCCAGACCUGAAUCCCAUUGAAAACUUCUGAAAUGUGAUCAAGAGGAAGAUGGAUGGUCACAAGCCAUCAAACAAAGCCGAGCUGCUUGAAUUUUUGCGCCAGGAGUGGCAUAAAGUCCCCCAACAUCAAUGUGAAAGACUGGUGGAGAGCAUACCAAGACGCAUGAAAGCUGUGAUUGAAAAUCAGGGUUAUUCCACCAAAUAUUGAUUUCUGAACUCUUCCUAAGUUAAAACAUUACUAUUGUGUUGUUUAAAAAUGAACAUGAACUUAUUUCCUUUGCAUUAUUCGAGGUCUGACAACACUGCAUCUUUUUUGUUAUUUUGACCAAAUAAAUGCUCUAAAUGACAAUAUUUUUAUUUGGAAUUUGGGAGCAAUGUUGUCAUUAGUUUAUAGAAUAAAACAAAAAUGUUAUUUUUACCUAAACACAUACCUAUAAAUAGUAAAACCAGAGAAACUGAUCAUUUUCAGUGGUCUCUUAAUUUUUUCCGCAGCUUUGUGUGUGUGUUUGUGUGUGUGUAUAUGUGUGUAUAUAUAUAUAUAUAUAUAUAUAUAUAUAUAUAUAUAUAUAUAAACAAAUUCUCCUCCACUCUUGACUGCGUGUGCUGCUGCUGUAGGCUAGGUUGAAGAUAAAAGGUUAGGACAAGUUAUGAUUCCUUGUGGAAACUUUUAGAAAAUAAACAGAUUCAUGGGACAAGUGCCGUUGCUAACUACCAGCGCCGUUGCUAACUAGCAUAGCUUGUCCCAUUGCUGCAAAUAGUUGUGGGAUAUUAGAAUCCUCUUGUCUUAACCUUUGGGUGCGUUCGUAAAUUCACUUUGGCUAUCUACUCCGAUUUCAGAGCACUCUCAUUUCAGUGUGACAGAGUGCAGAAUAACUGAUUAAUUUACGAACGCACAACACCCAUUUGAAUUUGACAGGUAUCAGUAAAAAAAAAAAACUGAAUUAAUUUGUUGCUAGCAGGACAGUUACAGUCCUUAACGCUCUAGAUAACAGGACAAUAGUCUAACCAGCUCUACUAGGCCGAGUAAAAUAGUCAGUGAGGUGUUCUCUCAUUUGUGUUUGGAAGUAGCUAGCAAGCUAGCCAACUUUAGCCAGUUAGGUCAGAACGCUUGGAUCAACCCUACUCCUAGGCCAGAGCGUCCAGUGUGCGCUCUGAAUGCUCCGAGAGCGAAAUGCACUGAAUUUACGCACAGACAAUCUGACAACGCUCUGAAUUUACGAACGCCCAGAGUGCACUCUCAGCGCACUGACACUCCAGAGUGAAUUUACGAACUCACCCUUAGUCAUCUUCAACCUAGGCUGCAGGGAGGGGGGUGUUGCCUAGGCACCGAAGACUCUUUUGCUAAAAUGGUUAUGAUGGUUAUUUUAUUUUCAUGACGGUCUUCAUCCAUAACCGUCGGUUACACGUUUAUAUGGUGAUUGUGCCAGCCCUAGUUAUACAUGAAAUAUUAAUGCUUUUGUCUUUAUAAAGGUAUAAGCCUACUGUAAGGGUAAAUCGAUCUGCAGCAGUCUUCAAUUACAUGACAUUGCAUUCAACAAGUGUGGACUUAUUUUACUAUAAUGACAUAUUUUAUUAUGCCUCUGCUCAGGUUCAUGGAAACAGAGCUGGAUCUGAACGAUAUCAUCCAAGAGAUGCAUGUCAUCGCCACCAUGCCUGAUCUCUACCACCUCUUGGUGGAGCUCAAUGCUGUCCAUUCCCUGCUGGGCUUACUCAGCCACGAGAACACAGAUAUCCUUUCCUUCAAAGAUGGCUUACUGAGCAUCAUUCACUGUUUAAUUCAAUUAAUUUACAAUUUACAUGCACUUGUUAAAAACCAUCAACAAAUGUUAUUCUAUGCAUUUUACCUUGAAUAAGGCUACUAAUUAUUCAAAACUGAACCCAGGAAAAAAGGGAACAUAUUGAUACAAUUGAUUCCCACUGUAAAAAUCCUUAGCCUCUCCUACAUAUCGCCAUUGCAGUGGUUGAUUUGUUACAAGAGCUGACGGACAUCGACACACUUCAUGAAAGUGAGGAAGGGGCUGAAGUACUCAUAGACUCUUUGGUGAGUCCAUUUUGUUUGUUAACAAUCAAUGCAUGGUUAUCUGCCAUUUUGUGUUAUUUCUCAUCCAUCCACAACCAUAUUGAUAAUUAUAAACUCAAUAGAUAAAAAGCAGAUUCAAUCCCAGCUAAUGUCCAUUGCCUUAGUGAAAAUGGUAUGUCUUAAGGCGUCUGCAUGCUUCCCAUCCGAAACAGUUUGUGCAUAUAUUAUGACAACAUUUUGUGACGUUUUUGUUAGUUUUGGUCUUCGGCAAGGGGUUUUUCGGCUGUUCGUUUAAAAAAAAAAAAAAAGAAUCUUGAGGCAAGCAAGCCGAGGUUCGGAGCCGAAGUCUACGCCCCUUCGUCGGUCAUUGGUCAACAGUAGGGAUUCUUCAAUUAAGUGUUUGUCAUUCAACGAUAGAUUACUUGUUUUCAUGCACAUUUUUUCACUUGAGAAAUACUGCGGCAAACAUCUUAGAUGUAAAAUUGCGCGACUAAGAUCUCCUCUGCAAAAACGGCAAAAUUAAUGACAGAUUUCUUGAGUAAUCUUAGAUUAAUUCUGACUAUUUUGAGGAAGUGUAUACUGGCUAUGGUGUCUCAAGAUGGACAAACAGUACUUUUGCCGCUUUUUCUGGUCUUUCAAGCUAAAGUAUUUUAUGGGAGUAUGCGAGCACACUCGUUCAGUUCGAAACAAAGCAUGUGGAAGCCUUAGCCCUCCCUUUGCACUCCCUUUGACAGCAGCAAAGUCAUUGGCGGUUUUCAGGAAAAGGUUGAGUGCCCCAUCAUAAUGUCGGCUGACAUUUAGAAAGACCAUGGAAGCAAAGGUCAAAUCACUCUGGUCUUAUAUGACUUAUAAGUUAGCAACUGAAAUUAGGCCUGACACUUUAUUGUUGUGUCUCUCACCACACAGUAUUCCAUAAUGCUGUGAUGAAACAGCCUGUCUUCUUCUCUAACUGUAGCUGGAGGGACAGGUUGUGGCCCUUCUGGUGCAGAACAUGGAGAGGCUGGAUGAGCAGGUGAAGGAGGAGGCAGAUGGAGUCUACAACACGUUAGGUAAGACCCACUGCACAAUGAUUGGACAAAAUAUGGGGUUAUUUAAAUGCUGCCGUGGAGCAGUUGUAGCCCAUAUUCUGCUAAUCUAUUUGUCAUAUCAUGUCCUAAUGGAAUGUGAAUCAGUGGGAUGCUCUCCACUCUAUUCACAUAGAAGAAACACAUUCAGAUUAUUGAAUCAUUAAAUUUGGGCUCAGUGCUCCUAGUGUUCUGAUGGUGUCUUAUCAAGGCAGCUCUCCAGGCUUGAAAAAGCCUUUUGUCUGCUUCCUGGUUGGGGCUCAGAGGCUCAUGUCCUCCAGGAUGGUGUCUGCUGUCUGCUCAGCUGGAAUUAGUGAUAAAGGCUUCCCUCUCCUCCAGCAGGCCUCUCUAUUUCUCCUUCUCAUUGUCCUUCUGUCGGCUCUCUCUGUCCCCCCUCUCUCCAUCACUCUCUCCGUCUCUCUCUCUUUGCUUCUCUCUCUCCUUCUCUGCUGGGGUUUUGCCGACCUUCUCCUGGCUGAUUGAGAUAUCAGGUGUCUCAGACGGCUUUAUGUUGCAAAUAUUAGCAAAGGAAUCUGAGACCUCUAUACUUCUCGGGCGAGGUGCUGUCAGAAUCUGAAAGUCUCAUAUUCGCCUCUCUUCUCUCCCGUCUCUCUCCAUCAGCCAUCAUUGAGAACAUGGCAGAGUUCAGGCCUGGCCUGUGCACAGAAGCAGCUCAGCAAGGACUCAUGCAGUGGUUGCUAAAGAGAAUAAAGGUGAGGAUAUGACUGAAAAUGACACAAUCCAUGGGUUAUUGAUGCUAUAUGUAGAGGUUUUUGCAGGCUGGGUCAGUAUGUCUCAUUGAAAUGUGUCUGUUGUAGAACUAGACCUACAGUAUAUACAGUGGGGGAAAAAAGUAUUUAGUCAGCCACCAAUUGUGCAAGUUCUCCCACUUAAAAAGAUGAGAGACCUGUAAUUUUCAUCAUAGGUACACGUCAACUAUGACAGACAAAUUGAGAGAGAAAAAAACCAGAAAAUCACGUUGUAGGAUUUUUAAUGAAUUUAUUUGCAAAUUAUGGUGGAAAAUAAGUAUUUGGUCACCUACAAACAAGCAAGAUUUCUGGCUCGCACAGACCUGUAACUUCUUCUUUAAGAGGCUCCUCUGUCCUCCACUCGUUACCUGUAUUAAUGGCACCUGUUUGAACUUGUUAUCAGUAUAAAAGACACCUGUCCACAACCUCAAACAGUCACACUCCAAACUCCACUAUGGCCAAGACCAAAGAGCUGUCAAAGGACACCAGAAACAAAAUUGUAGACCUGCACCAGGCUGGGAAGACUGAAUCUGCAAUAGGUAAGCAGCUUGGUUUGAAGAAAUCAACUGUGGGAGCAAUUUUUAGGAAAUGGAAGACAUACAAGACCACUGAUAAUCUCCCUCGAUCUGGGGCUCCACGCAAGAUCUCACCCCGUGGGGUCAAAAUGAUCACAAGAACGGUGAGCAAAAAUCCCAGAACCACACGGGGGGACCUAGUGAAUGACCUGCAGAGAGCUGGGACCAAAGUAACAAAGCCUACCAUCAGUAACACACUACGCCGCCAGGGACUCAAAUCCUGCAGUGCGAGACGUGUCCCCCUGCUUAAGCCAGUACAUGUCCAGGCCCAUCUGAAGUUUGCUAGAGUGCAUUUGGAUGAUCCAGAAGAGGAUUGGGAGAAUGUCAUAUGGUCAGAUGAAACCAAAAUAUAACUUUUUGGUAAAAACUCAACUCGUCGUGUUUGGAGGACAAAGAAUGCUGAGUUGCAUCCAAAGAACACCAUACCUACUGUGAAGCAUGGGGGUGGAAACAUCAUGCUUUGGGGCUGUUUUUCUGCAAAGGGACCAGGACGACUGAUCCGUGUAAAGGAAAGAAUGAAUGGGGCCAUGUAUCGUGAGAUUUUAAGUGAAAACCCCCUUCCAUCAGCAAGGGCUUUGAAGAUGAAACGUGGCUGGGUCUUUCAGCAUGACAAUGAUCCCAAACACACCGCCCGGGCAACGAAGGAGUGGCUUCGUAAGAAGCCUUUCAAGGUCCUGGAGUGGCCUAGCCAGUCUCCAGAUCUCAACCCCAUAGAAAAUCUUUGGAGGGAGUUGAAAGUCCGUGUUGCCCAGCGACAGCCCCAAAACAUCACUGCUCUAGAGGAGAUCUGCAUGGAGGAAUGGGCCAAAAUACCAGCUUACAGAAAACUUACAGAAAACUUACAGAAAACGUUUGACCUGUGUCAUUGCCAACAAAGGGUAUAUAACAAAGUAUUGAGAAACUUUUGUUAUUGACCAAAUACUUAUUUUCCACCAUAAUUUGCAAAUAAAUUCAUAAAAAAUCCUACAAUGUGAUUUCCUGGAGAAGAAAAAUCUCAUUUUGUCUGUCAUAGUUGACGUGUACCUAUGAUGAAAAUUACAGGCCUCUCUAAUCUUUUUAAGUGGGAGAACUUGCACAAUUGGUGGCUGACUAAAUACUUUUUUUCCCCACUGUAGGCUUUCAAUGGCUCAUGCUGUCACUGAUUUUGGCAUUCAUCACCCCCUCCCUUUCUCUUUUUCAGGCAAAGAUUCCAUUCGAUGCUAACAAGCUGUACUGCAGUGAAAUCUUGGCUAUCUUGCUUCAAAACAAUGACAGUAAGUUUACAGCCCUUUCUCUUCUACUUGCUGUACAAAGUGAUGAAAACUGCUCUAGUCUAAUGUGUUAUUGUCGAUACACAUAGCCACAGAGGUGAUUGGUGUGAUAAAAUAGUAGAGUAUCAUGACCGGUUAAAGUAUACUUUGUUAGCGUCUAAGUGGCUGGGUCCAGAAGGCCUUGUAGUGCUGCAGGACGACAGUCAGGCACUAGGUCCAGAACAAUAAUGUAUUGGGCCACAUUGAUAUUCUGUCCUAUCAAAUUUUCUUCUUGGUCUCCCCCUCUGAGUGAGUUUAGCUGCCUGGGUCGUCGCUUGACCGGCCUGGAUCGAUUCAUCUUCUCCCACGGCCCCUCUCUCACUAUGUUUGUCAAUGUUUAUGUUCCACAAUAUUUUUACAGUUUCUCUCUCACUCUCUCUCUGUCUACACCUACCUACCUCCAGGCACCAGGGAGCUCUUGGGGGAGCUGGAUGGGAUUGACGUGUUACUGCAGCAGCUCUCUGUAAGACUCCUAGUGAUUUUACCAACCUGUCUGUUCACAUUUUCCUCCUGCUCCUUCUCUCUCUCUGAUUCAUCAUUCUCUCUCUCACACACUCACCUUACAUCACACUGUUGAAGUUUCAGCAGCUCAUAAGAACUGUCUGUUCUUUACAGGAGUGCUCUAUCCAUCCCCACUUCAUCCUCACAUGAACACUCAACCUCAGUUAGAUUAGCCUUUUCUGCAGGAUUCUUUUGGCUAAGUAUUGUAAUAUUUGAUAUAUUCAAGGCCUCCAGUAUAAUGCUGUCUAAUGCAAAUGAAUACGAUUUUGAAGUGUAACUUGAUGCUAGACAGAGUUUCUGCUUACACUGUUUAAAGUGUGCCAAUCAUUUAUUGCAUUUAUACUGAAUUUACCAGCAUCACAGUUCUAAUUUAUUUCUGGCCAUGUCAGUUCCCUGGUGAUAGACAGGGUUGGGGAGUAAUGGAUUACAUGUAAUCUGUUACAUGUAACUGAUUACCAAAAACUGUAACUGUAAUCCGUUACCAGCAAAAAUAUUGUAAUCCGAUUACAGAUACUUUUGAAAAACAAGUUGAAAACUUCUAGGAUUACUUUUAAAUUCAGGAAGGAUGUUUUUUUCCAUACCUUUCUGUUUUCUCAAUGACAUUCAAGUCAGCAUUGAAAAAAGGUGCAACAUUUAAGUUUGUUCCCCUGAGUAGUCUGACCACAAGUCAGGGACCAUUAGGAUGACAAACCAAAUGCAUAUGAUGGAUUGCGGGAAAAGAGCAGGAAUAGGCUUUUGUAGGCUACAGCCCAAGCUAUGUCUUCCAGCUGACUGCUGUCAGCAUCCAAAGAUUAUCCAACUUGAGUAAACACUUGGAGGUAAGGAUGACAGCAGUGGUGUAGCCUACGGACGAUACAGAUAUCACUUAUUAUUGAUAUCUACAUAGCGCAUUGAUGUGAAUCAUACUGCUGCUCUCUCAUUUAGCUAUUUGCUCCUUACAGAUUGUGGUUGUUGUGGAUGGCUGUUCACAAAUGUAUAUGUGUAUUUUAACCCCAUAAUGGUUACAUUUAAGAAGUUUAAGCUGCCUAUCAAUCAUUGUUUUUGCGACCAGUGGACAGUAGGGUUGAAUAUUUUACAAAUGUUCCACCCUGAGAACAAAUCACUUUUCUCCUGGGUAACCUGGUAUUUCCCGCCAAAACCGGAAGCGUUAUUCAAAAGCGUUGCAUAUAAAUGUCUGGAUUUGAAUAGAGCUUUGAUUGAAAAUUCAAGCCUGACACUACCUGAGUCUGAUGAGCCAUACAUUAAAUACAUUUUACGAGCCCUACAUUUAAUGAGCCCAAGCUCAAAAAAGCCCAAAUGAUUGUGCCGUCAUCCAAUAAGAUAAACUAUAUGAUAUAGACUGCUGCACAUUAAGCAUGACAGAAAAACCUAAAAGCCCAUAGAUGUAGCUAGCUAUAUGCUGUCUUGGGUAAAUAAAUGAAAUCUCCAGUAGGCUAAUCUUUUUGAGUGUGAACUGUAUUGUAUUAUACUGUAUUAUAUGGACUGGAAUUACCCAUAUCGUUCAAACCGAGAUAAAGCAGGGAGAGAACAUGCGAUUCUGGUGCAGCACAUGCGGCCUACGAAGUUACAAGUAUAGGCUAGCGAAUUUGAUUUUGAUUUUGAAAAAUAAUAGUGCCUAUUUGUAUAAUUAGUAGGCUGACGCAUAUACAGUACCAGUCAAAAGUUUGGACACACCUACUCAUUCAAGAGUUUUUCUUUUUUUUAAACUAUUUUCUACAUUGUAGAAUAAUAGCGAAAACAUCAAAACUAUGAAAUAACACAUGGAAUCAUUUAGUAACCAAAAAAGUAUUAAACAAAUCAAAAUAUAUUUUAUAUUUGAGAUUCUUCAAGUAGCCACCCUUUGCCUUGAUGACAGCUUUGCACACUCUUGGCAUUCUCUCAACCAGCUUCACCUGGAAUGUUUUUCCAACAGUCUUGAAGGAGUUCCCACAUAUGCGGAGCACGUGUUGGCUGCUUUUCCUUCACUCUGCCGUCUGACUUAUCCCAAACCAUCUCAAUUGGGUUGAGGUCGGGGGAUUGUGGAGGCCAGGUCAUCUGAUGCAGCACUCCAUCACUCUCCUUGUUGGUAGAAUAGCCCUUACACAGCCUGGAGGUGUGUUGGGUCAUUGUCCUGUUGAAAAACACAUGAUAGUCCCACUAAGCCCAAACCAAAUGGGAUGGCGUAUCGCUACAGAAUGCUGUGGUAGCCAUGCUGGUUAAGUGUGCCUUGAAUUCUAAAUAAAUCACAGACAGUGUCACCAGCAAAGCACCCCCACACCAUAACACCUCCUCCUCCAUGCUUUACGGUGGGAACUACACAUGCAGAGAUCAUCCGUUCACCCACACUGCGUCUCACAAAGACACGGCGGUUGGAACCAAAAAUCUCUGAUUUGGACCUGUCUAAUGUCCAUUGCUCGUGUUUCUUGGCCCAAGCAGGUCUCUUCUUCUUAUUGGUGUCCUUUAGUAGUGGUUUCUUUGCAGCAAUUCGACCAUGAAGACCUGAUUCACACAGUCCACUCUGAACAGUUGCUGUUGAGAUGUGUCUGACUUGAACUCUGUGAUGCAUUUAUUUGGGCUGCAAUUUCUGAGGCUGGUAACUCUAAUGAACUUAUCCUCUGCAGCAGAGGUAACUUUGGGUCUUCCAUUCCUAUGGCAGUCCUCAUAAGAGCCAGUUUCUUCAUAGCGCUUGAUGGUUUUUGCGAAGUUCAAAGUUCUUGACAUUUUCCAUUUGACUGACCUUCAUGUCUUCAUGAACUGUCGUUUCUCUUUGCUUAUUUGAGCUGUUCUUGCCAUAAUAUGUACUUGGUCUUUUACCAAAUAGGGCUAUCUUCUGUAUACCAACCCUACCUUGUCACAACACAACUGAUUGGCUCAAACGCAUUAAGAAGGAAAGAAAUUCCACAAAUGAACUUUUAAGAAGGCAAACCUGUUAAUUGAAAUGCAUUCCAGGUGACUACCUCAUGAAGCUGGUUGAGUGAAUGCCAAGAGUGUGCAAAGCUGUCAUCAAGGCAAAGGGUGGCUAUUUGAAGAAUCUCAAAUAUGUUUUGAUUUGUUUAACACUUUUUUGGUUACUACAUGAUUCCAUAUGUGUUAUUUCAUAGUUUUGAUGUCUUCACUAUUAUUCUACAAUGUAAAAAAUAAAGAAAAACCCUGGAAUGAGUAGGUGUGUCCAAACUUUUGACUGGUACUGUAUACCUUUCAUAAUAUUUUUCCUAAUGUUAUUAGCCUACCUCUUUCUUUAUUGUUGCUUCAUUCCUUCCUCGCUUUCAACAGUUAAGGACAGCAAAACUUAUUUCAUUUAUCUUCAUCAUUCUAAUGACAUCCUUGAAUAAUAUAGGACUAGAAUGAGAUGCAGAAGGCCUUCACUUCUCUUCACGAAGAUUAAAUGGUUAUGGGGCUGAAUAAAUAACUGCUAUAGCCUACCGCCAUCGCACGUUCGCUCUUAUUUCAAACUACCCGUGAGUUGUAUUGGCUGCUGUAUUUAACAUUCAGCAAAAAAGAGGUUGCAUCCUCUUCGAAUAGUAUAUUGGUAUAAGAAAUGCAAAAAAAAUAAUGUCCAGCAAGCUAUUCUAGUCCAAGAGCUAAGGAGUGUUUUCUAGGGAGAGGCCAGCGGAGCACAGUUGUGUGCGUAUUGCACAAGAGACAGCGGCUAUAAGUUAGAAGCUUAUUAUGCAUAACCAAUCAUUAAUUAGCUAAAUAUAAGGCUAAUACUGCAUUGACAUUAUUACCUGAAAGAGGUAUUCUAGGACAUCUAUGUAUAGGGCUAUAUAUUGGUCUAGAACAGGAUUAUCUAUUUUGGAUGCAAUUUGAAUGGAGUUGAUGGAGAGCAAAAGACUGCGACAGAGUGCUCGCGCAUGCACUGAUUUUAAAGCAACGAUAUUCGAGUGAUUUUAAAACUCUGCAGCUGCAAUUUGAAUAAAUAAAUAAUAUUUACAGUUAAAAAAUUUGACCCCAGAAAGCCAGAUUGAGAUGGGUAAAUUAGACGCGCAUUCGGUCUUUACAUUACUGUAGCAGAUUUAGGCAGCAGAUUUAGGCCUACAUGUCACAAGAAAAAAAGUUAGAAUGAUGAGAUCAUAGGUCUACAUGCAUUGUGAACUGCGUUCCAUACUGAGAUGGGUGGUCUGUCCCCACCCUGAGUGUUGAUUCAUCAUGUAGAGGCCAUAGAUACGCCAGAUUUAGACAUUGCAUAUACGGUAAUUGAACGGUUCCAUUUCACGUCAUGUUGUUCGUAUAAGUCAUUUAUUAUAGUUACAUUUUCACAAUGGUUUAUCCCGGAAAAAGGGAGUGAUUUUGGGCGGUAAAUCUCGGUAACCGGAAAAUGUGCUCUUGCAACACCUGCAUAAUGCGGAUCCCAGCCUAUGGAAUAAAGAUUUGUGUUCCUCCCUUCUAAACUCUUCUGUGGUAUUGUGCUCCAUACAGUCAAAAACAAGUUUAAUUUAAGAAGACCACGAGUGGAGCUUUUAUUGCUCAAUCUAAUUCGUGUUGAUUCAAAAUAGUAUUCUAUAGGCCUAACAGACAUAUGAUCAAACUCGCACACUUUUGAUGAUAGACUUAAACAGCUGAAAAUUAUCACGAUAUGAAAGUGUCACCAACAAAAACGUAAACAAAUGAGGCAUAUGCCAUUAAUUUCUCACAUGCAAAUAGCACUUUUCGGUAGUGCUCAAAGCAUGCCACUCCAUGAGAGCAGCAUUUCUUUUUCAACUAGAAACAAUGAGCCCAAUCGGUCCUCCAUGACAACAAAAUCAUAAACAACAGAGUAGGCUAAUAAAUCCUUAGUUUUUGGGUUAUGCUCAUAUUUCCAAGUCCUAUUUUUGAAGAUCAAGGGGUAUUAUAUUAAUUGGAAUGACUGGAAAUCUGACAUAAUGUAAAGAGAGCCUAAUCGUAUUAUUAUUGUCUGUAGUAUAAAGCAAUGGAUUAGUACAUAACCAAGCCAUAAAGUAAAAUGCAACAUCCAUUUAUGGCCAGCUAUGUAAACCCCUACCAUUGAUUUAUCCUGCAAUAGAUGUCGUUCAAUUGGUAAUGUUCAUUUUUGUCUUCUCCUAAUGCCUGUUAAGGGGAAAGUAAUCUAAAAUGAACUGUAAGUAAUCAGAUUACGUUACUGAGUUUGGGUAAUCCAAGUGUUACAUUACUGAUAAAAAUGUUGGACAGGUAACUAGUAACUAACGGAUUACAUUUAGAAAGUAACCUACCCAACCCUGGUGAUGGACAGUAGAAGUGUGGGUGUCAUUUUACUUCAGGUGUUCAAGCGCCACAACCCAGCCACGGCAGAGGAGCAGGAGAUGAUGGAGAACCUGUUUGAUGCCCUGUGCUCCUGUCUGAUGCUGGCUGCCAACCGGGACCGCUUCCUCAGGGGAGAGGGUCUGCAGCUCAUGAACCUCAUGCUUAGGUAAAGACCUUGAUGUUGAACGCCUCCACACACACAGUUCCGUUUUGAAUAUUUCAGUAAUUUAAUGUCCUAAGCUGUCGGCUAAAACAAACCAUCCAAGUACCUCCUCAAAGGAGGACGAGGGUGGAUAUGGACAGUUUCUUGGCUUGUCUCUAGGCCUUUUUUAAACCCUCCUUUCAAUUCACACUGGUCACUGGUGAUCUGAUAUCUAAGUAGGGAUAUACAGUGCAUUUGGAAAGUAUUCAGACCCCUUCAAUUUAUCCACAUUUUGUUACGUUACAGCCUUAUUCUAAAAUGGAUUAAAUUGUAUUUUUUCCUCAUCAAUCUACACACAAUACCCCAUAAUGACAAAGCCCAUAAUGACAAAGCGAAAACAGGUUUUUAGAAAUUAUAGCAUAUUUAUUUUAAAAACCUCACUCACAUUUACACAAGUAUUCAGACCCUUUACUCAGUACUUUGUUGAAGCACCUUUGGCAGUGAUUACAGCCUCUACUCUUCUUGGGUAUGACGCUACAUGCUUGGCACACCUUUAUUUGGGGAGUUUCUCCCAUCCUUCUCUGCAGAUCCUCUCAAGCUCUGUCAGGUUGGAUGGGGAGCGUCGCUGCACAGCUAUUUUCAGGUCUCUCCUGAACCUUCGCCCCAGUCUGAGGUCCUGAGCGCUCUGGAGCAGGUUUUCAUUAAGGAUCUCGCUGUACUUUGCUCCGUUCAUCUUUCCCUCGAUCCUGACUAUUCUUCCAAUCCCUGCCGCUGAAAAACAUCCCCACAGCAUGAUGCUGCCACCACCAUGCUUCACCAUAGGGAUGGUACCUGGUUUCUUCCAGACGUGACGCUUGGCAUUCAGGCCAAAGAGUUAAAUCUUGAUCUGUGCCUCGACACAAUCCUGUCUCGGAGCUCUAUGGACAGUUCCUUCAACCUCAUGGCUUGAUUUUUGCUCUGACAUGCACUGUCAACUGUGGGACCUUAUAUAGACAGGUGUGUGCCUUUCCAAAUCAUGUCCAAUCAAUUGAAUUUACCACAGAUGGACUCCAAUCAAGUUGUAGAAACAUCUCAAGGAUGAUCAAUGGAAACAGGAUGCCCUGAGCUCAAUUGCAGGUCUCAUAGCAUAGGGUCUGAAUACUUAUGUAAAUAAGUUAUGUUUUUUAUUUUUAAUAUAUUUGCAACAAUUUCUAAAAACCUGUUUUCGCUUUGUCGUAAUGGGGUAUUGUGAGUAGAUUGAGGAAAAACAUUUAAUCAAUUUUAGAAUAAGCCUGUAACGUAACAAAAUGUGGAAAAAGUGAAGGGGUCUGAAUACUUUCCGAAUGCACUGUAUGUACAUUGACAUCUUUGAUGUCAACCUUUGUUUGCUGUUAAUGCUGUCGGAGGGCACACCAUGCCCCCCAGGAAGUGGCAGGUUGAGUGAUGUCUUUCUGUUCACACAGCACGUCUCUGACUCUGCUCAGCUGCCAGUCCAAUCAAUCAGUCGACACGGCGAUGAAACAUCACGACCUUAAAGACAUUACAUAUAUUUAUGAAACUCUCCAUGCCCAAGCUCUAAUCAUCAUGCCGACGCCCGGCAGACAGCCCGAUUAAAACAAAAAUCGAUAUCUAUACUGAACAAAAAUAUAAGCGGAACAUGCAACAAUUUCUAAGAUUUUACGGAGUUACAGUUCAUAUGAGGAAAUCAGUCGGUUAAAUUUUUUUUAUUAGGUCCUGAUCUAUGGAUUUCACAUGACUGGGAAUACAGAUAAGCAUCUGUUGGUCACAGAAAAAAAUGUGCCACAUAAUGGUCCUCAGGAUUUUGUCACAGUAUUUUAGUGUAUUCAAAUUGCCAUUGAUAAAAUGCAAAUGUGUUUGUUGUCCGUAUCUUAUGCUUGCCCAUACCAUAACCCCACCGCCACCAUGGGGCACUCUGUUGACAACGUUGACAUCAGCAAACCGCUCGCCCACAUGACGCCAUACACAUGGUCUGCGGUUGUGAGGCUGGUUGGACGUACUGGAGGCGGCUUAUGGUAGAGAAAUUAACAUUAAAUUCUCUGGCAAUAGCUCUGGUGGACAUUCCUGCAGUCAGCAUGCCAAUUGCACGCUCCCUCAAAACUUGUUGCACCUGUGUAAUGAUCAUGCUUUUUAAUCAUCUUCUUGAUAUGCCACACCUGUCAGGUGGAUGGAUUAUCUUGGCAAAGGAGAAAUGCUCACGAACAGGGAUGUAUGCAAAAAAUUUUCCCACAACAUUUUAGAGAAAUAAGCUUUUUGUGCACAUGGAACAUUUCUGGGAUCAUUUAUUUCUGCUCAUGAAACAUGGGACCAACACUUUACAUGUUGCAUUUAUAUUUUUGUUCAGUGUAAUUAUAGCAAUGCAAAAUCCACUUUUAUAUCAUCCACAGGAGAAGGCUUUCAGAAUGGGUUAUCUAGGGAGGAACAUGCAACUCUCUUUUCACUUUCACUUCCCAUGAGAUUCACAGAAUCAUAAGUUCUGCACCUCUGCUUCAAUAGUUCUCUAUUUUUGUAGAGGUUAGGCUUUGUCAAGGGGUUUGCAAUAUGAGCUUAGGAACACGGUUGAAGGCAUCUUUAUAAUUGCCUCUGUCUGCCUUCUUAAAACCGUUUAACUUUGUCUCAAAAAUAUACUACCUCAUAAGCUGCAGAAACUUUGUGUUAUGAGGAGUUAUCGUUAAAGGACUGCCAAUAGAUAUAGCUAGGUGAGAGGGACUCCAUGUUGCUACGUCACAAAGUCUGUGUGCCUGGCAAAAUACCAUACUGAACAUGCUGCAUACCUCUGCUGUGAGCUAGCUGUUGUGCCAGAGAUAAUUGAGCUCUUCUGAAUGUUUUAUUUUGUGCACUUCCCAGGGAAAAGAAAAUGUCUCGGACCAGCGCUCUGAAGGUCUUAGACCACGGCAUGAUUGGCCCAGAGGGUUCUGAUAACUGCCACAAGUUUGUGGACAUCCUGGGCCUGAGGACCAUCUUCCCCCUGUUCAUGAAGACCCCUAAAAAGAUUAGGAAAGUUGGGACGGUAGACAAAGAACAUGAAGGUUUGCUAAUUUCUCAAUACACUGCAAAUUUCCUUUGGAAACAAUGACAUUAUUCUGUUUGUCUGACAUUACAUUACAGUAGAUAUUUCCUAAGCAAAAGCUUAUAGCUGUCCCACUUUGUGUACCCAAAACACAAUUUACCAUGGCAGGAUAUCUAAUCAGGUUUGUUUCAUGGCUUUUUAGUCUGUUGAUUAUGUUAUCAAUUUAGCCUUGAUUCAUUUGAAACCACUCUUGCGUUGUGAAAUAAGAAAAUGCUUAUCAACCACCCUCCCCUCCCCCCUUUUGAUGAGGUGGUCAGCCAACAGGAAAACAUCGCUCUCUCUCUCUAAUUAUAUUUCAUACGUCCUGACAGCCCACCCAAGGUGAACAAAUUGGCUUCCUUUGUCUGUCCCCUUCAUCUGGGGGACAGAAUUAAUUAACCUGAGACCUGCAGAAUAGCCCGAGAUAACAGGGCCUGCUAAAGCUUAUCCCCCUGGUGCUCCCAUUGAUGGACCUCCCACUAGUCACAGCCAAGCCAGCCAGCCAUGAAGUAUGGUUACACUACUGUGCUGUGUGCAGCUUUUAAUGCUUAGAGUAAUUGUGUAACGUACCCUUGGACUAUAAUAACCCUUUUCAUAUGCCUAGGCAUGUCCCUAAUGCAUAGCAUAAUUUAUUGACUAAGAUGGGCCUAUUUACUUAAAUUAAAAUGUGUUAUGUUUGUGUCCUUACAUCAUUUGCGUUGUAUUUAUUAUUUUGAGUGAAAACAAUUAUAAAGUAGUGUAUGCAUUAUUUAGCACUUUUGCAACAUUUUGAAAGUCAUCGCUUUUUCAUAAUCUAGCAGUGACAUUUUAGAAUGCUUAUUACAUUUAUAUUGUUUUGAGGGUGUAUGAUAUCCACAUGACCAUAGGAUUUGUCAUAUAGUAUGUGACACUAAUUAGACUUAGUGGCUCCUCCUUUGCUGUAAUUGAAAAACGGAGGGGAAAAUUGGUUCUCAAGAAUAACACAAUACAGUCAUAAAUUAAUUAAUUAUCAGCGGCUACAAAUGAGAGUUUAAGUAAUUAAGAGGCAAAGCACUCUCCAAACCUCUCUUUCUCUCCAUCAUAUACCGAGAGAUUGAUCCCCAUGAAAUCGCCUCUGAAAAUAUACUGAGGCCCAAUGGCUGGGAAUUGUCAGACAACAUUUGCAUGCAUAAUAAGAUCAUCAAGAGAAGAUGUUAUGAGAAAAAGUAUUGCAGAGGAUCUUUGUAGAUAGCCUACCUUUUUAGGUCUGUAUUCAUUUCCAUUUGCUAAUGUUGUGCAUAGAUCUAAUGAGAUUCUGGAUGUACUGAUGGUGGAAGACUAUAUUUAGCAAGCUAAUGAUGCACACAGUGUGGUAGAACAGAAGUAAACAGCUCAUUUACAUCCAGCAGCACAGUAGUUCUGACCGCAGCCCUUUAUAGUCUGUUUUGUUUUCCUUGGACGCCUUUGAGUGUUUCUUUAAUGUCUCUACUAUUCCCCCGUUUUCACAUCAUACUAAAAUUACAUUAGAAGAAUAGGAGCUGUAGUGAUGUUUUUUAUGAGAUCACUAUGUUUUAGGUGAUAAGCCUAGUUAACAAAUAUUGUGAUCAGUGCACAAUACCACACUGAUUUUAAUCUACCACUAGUCUCAAUCCUUUGAACUCAAGCUGGAUGAUUAGUUGCUGUAUUAGAGCCCUGUUCACAGUCUCCUGUGUUGUCAAUGAGGGAUUUCGAUAAUGGGGAACUCAUGCAUAGCUGCAUACAGAUCUCUUUGAAUUGGUUUGAAACUUGGUCAAUCCAUUUUGUUGAUGCUGAUACCCAGCAGUGAUAGGAGCCAUAGUGAAGCCAUCACAUGGGUGUUGACAAUCAAAAUAACUUAUGAAGCCACCAUGUCAGUGAUUUCUUCCCCUGGACUAUUCUAAUCAGGUAUAGUGGGAGCCUCAGACAGUGUAGACGAGAGCCCGUACCUUGCAGAGGUGCCUGUGGUCUGGUCUGAGGGUUGAUUGCUUUCCUCAGGGCACGGCUGGUUCAGGUUCAAUCUCUCUCCUGCAGAGAGCUGUCAGGACCUCCUCUACUGCUCCUCUGAGCUCUAUUGCCUCGUGGCCCUCUUUGCUAUUUGCAUGUUAACUUAAAGCUGAGAUCUGCAUUAACGAAACAUCGCCGCUGGCCGCCCCCGGCACAUUUAUUAUUGUUUUUGUUUUGUUUAAAAUCCCCAUCAAAAUCCGUCAGUUUAAGAUAGAGAUAUCUCAAUCCACCGCAUCCGCCUAUGUCUGCCUUCCGCAUCUGCGGUGGAAGGAAGGUGGCCAAGCUACAGCUGUGUUUGUCGACCAUGAGACAUCCUGAAAAUCGCUCUUCUCACGAAAACGUCUGUAGCGUCCGAACAGUUUGGCCUACAAACUAAAAUGACCACUCUAUGGAAAGAUGAGACUCUCACGAACACGAUGGUGUUCUCCGUCUGAUGUGCCAACUUCUGUAGCGUCUGAACCAUCAUGAGACUCGUCGGAAGGUAACUGUUACUGGUAAAACAUUUUUUAUGGAGGUAGUUUUGUGCCCUCCAAAAAACUAAAAUAUUUCCUUAGCUUUCUUAUAUAUCCUAGAUAUAGGAAAGACACUUCAAAACCUUAUUCCUUAUGAUGUAUUUUUUGACUGUCUGUUUUGCCAUUUACGAAUGUGUUAUUCAAUGCGUUACUAUGAGCUAUAGUAGGAAAGGCCAAAUUAAAUAUUUUAGACUUACAACUAAUUGACCGACGUAGGUUUAAUUACUUGAAUUACUUUUUUUCCCUUCUUUUUUUUGUGAGCUUAACGUGCCGUCGCUCUAGAGAGAUCUAUUCAUUCACAAAAUAAAUCAAGUCAAGAACUAUGUGGACACUGGGCUGACGGGUGUUUGUAGUUUUCAUUUAAGCAAAUAUUCAACCUAGUUCAGCGCAGAAACGUGGUAAUUAACUGCAAAGCCCAUAAUCCAUUGUGCCAUUUUUUCCCGGAUCAGAGACGAAGAGGCGAAGCAAGAGGUUUACUCUUUCCAAAGUCUGUCCAAAAUAAGCGCAAUGCAUUUCUAUGGGCUUAUUUUGGACCUAAGCUUGUCGCCUGCCUUCCCGCCUUUGGGACAAUGACUCCCAUUGUUAGUGCGUAGACAUGAGCAUCUCGUCAUUAUAUACAGAUCUCUGGAUGGAUACACUUUUACUCCUGCUACGUUAGGUUAGAUACACACAGACUGCAUGAGAGAGGAAUGUACACAACAUAACGAGGGACAGAGACAGUUCGUGAAAGUAUGCCUUAUAUACUUUGAAGCACCCGAGUGGCGCAGUGGUCUAAGGCACUGCAUCGCAGUGCUAGCUGUGCCACUAGAGAUCCUGGUUCGAAUCCAGGCUCUGUCGUAGCCGGCCGCGACCGGGAGACCCAUGGGGCGGCGCACAAUUGGCCUAGUGUCGUCCAGGGUAGGGGAGGGAAUGGCCGGCAGGGAUGUAGCUCAGUUGGUAGAGCAUGGCAUUUGCAACGCCAGGGUUGUGGGUUCGAUUCCAGUAUAAAAAAAUAAAUUUAAAAAAUGUAUGCACUCACUAACUGUAAGUCGCUCUGGAUAAGAGCGUCUGCUAAAUGACUAAAAUGUAAAUGUAAAAAAUAUUUCAUCAGACAGCUCUGCAGCAUAGGCUACUUUGGCAGGCUAGCUAAAUAGGAUGACUAAAGGCAGUAUGGGGAGAACAUAAUGUUAGAUGGCCUGGCUGGCUGACUGCUACUGCCUGAGCAGAGAUGAGAUGAUUACUUUAAGGAAUUAAAAAUAAAGUCAUCAAAUGAAAACUAAGUAAUAUACGCAACUGAAAUAUUUUAUUAUUUCAUAGUCAUUUCCUAUUUGUCUAUUGAUGUCUACCCAAUGUGGACCUGAUUAUAGACAAUGGAAUAUUUUCAAUGUUUUGGCAAUUGAAUGUUCACUAUUUCUGGCUUUUGGAAUUUCCAUUAAAAAAAUAAUUGUAAAGUAAUUAUUUCAUAAUGCGUUUCAUGUUUAAUAAAAUUAGCGAAACCGAAAUUGAAAACCGUGAUUAUUUUGUAAUAAUCAAACCGAAACUGAACCGACCUCAAAAAGCACUAAUCGCUCAGCACUACCAUUAACACAUUAAUCUGUAUUUAAAUUAACUGACAGCCAUUUUGUUUGCCUAAUGGCUUCUUCGUGAGCACAGUGAGCUGUAUUUGACUCACUGAUUGAAAUUACAUUGGUCUGCCUGAUGUUUUAUAGAAUCGUGAUACGGAGAGAGUUGGAUAAAUCAUUAACAAAACAUUUAAUCAACCAUAUUUCACUAAUUAAGCACGUUCACCCAUUCCUUUUAUUUCUACACUAAUUACGUUGGGGAAUUAUCUUAUGGACCAUAUUAGGAAGAAAAAAAUUAAUGAAGACCCUCUAUUUCUUUUUAAAAGCAUUUAGCCUAACAUAACCCAACCACGUGGAACCAACCAAGUGUGGGUACAGAAAGUGGCCUGACGGGUGGCAAGGUUUUGCUUUGUGCAAUUACUGUAACAGGAACCCUUCAAAACCAAGCAGUUCACGAUAGUAUUACAUGCCGUAAGUAUGCCUAAAACCUGCAGUAGCCUAUUUAUCAGCAGCAAUUCAUAACAUUGACUAAGUUACAUACAUGUAAUGGAGCCAUGAUUACUGCUAGGUGUUCAAGUGGAAGCCUGUGGAAGGUCACACUGCGACCAUGGCCCUGUGGCUAAUGGCUUUUCUCAUUGAGGGGCUCUGGAGUGUGCCGUAUUGAAGAGACUCAUUCACAGACCUCAUCCUCCUAUCCUGAUAACAGAGAGGAGCAGGUCUGGCCUAGGGUGAAGGCCAGGACUGCAUCUGAAAUGGAAACCUAUUCCCUAUAUAGUGCACUACUUUUGACUAGGGCCCAUGGCUCUUGUUAAAAGUAGUGAACUAUAAAGGGAAUAGGGUGGCAUUUAAGACGCAGGCCAAGUGGUACAGUAACACACUCAGACUUUGAGUUGAACUGCCACUGACUGGUACUUGUUCCACAGCCUUCUGCAGCUCAGCCCAGGGAGAGUCUUAGCAGUGGUCCCAAUCCUUCACCAGAGGCACUUUUUAUGCUAGCUUUAAUGAUGUCCUAAUUUACCCAGCCAGCCACCACACACCCACUGUGACACUGGUCCUCUGGAGGUAGGGAAAGAGAGAGCUGAGACAGCACUUCCUUUCUGUGGUGCUGUUUGAUUAACAUGCUGCUGCUCUGUUUGUUUACUUCCUGAAUUUGAUAUCCUUGUUAUUGUACAGUAUUUGAUGGGGGAAAUAGGCCUAUCACUGUGACUGCCAAAAGAUGAGUUUAUAGUUAGUAAGAGGAUGGCUGAUAUUUUUCCAUUGAAAUAUAUUUGUUUGGUCCUGUAUUCUUGCCUUGCUCAGUUAUUUGCCUGUUCAUUUUCAUUUUAAAAAGCUGUAGAUUUCUUCUCAGCAUGGUGGAGCUCCUAAAGCUUGAGGUGACAGCAGCUCCUCCCAUGCCAUCAGUAGUCUAACGACACCCCCUCACCGGAUGACGAGGGAAUGUCUUAAUCAGCAUCGAUCUUGUGAACCAAAUGUCAGACGCCCCCAAAUUGGCUGGAGACGGUGUUCUGUUUGUGGAGAGUGCCCUGUAGCGAUCAAUAACCUCCCACGGUGGUGUCAAGGUGCUGACUACAAUUACCACUCGGGUUAUGUUGACAAACUAGUGUCCCCGGAAGUUAUAUUCCCCUCAUUAUGUGCAGAUAGUAGACAGUCCACUUGUUGACAUUAGAUUAAGAUGGUAAUUAACUCUCAUAAUAAACACAAACUGUUAAUGAUAAAACUAGUGAAUAGAUUUGUGAGUUUUGAUUUGUAUGCACUUAUCUCUCUUACAAAAUGUGUUGAUAAAUGGCACAUGGGAGAGCAGUAUUAAACCAAAAUAUAGUCAAGUCUUGUGCUUGUUGCUUAGCAACUUCCAAGAUAAAUUGAAUUUAGAGAUUGACCUCUUAAGUCAAAUUACAGUUUUGUGUCAGCAUGUAACUGUUAUUUUCCCAUCUUUUGUUUUAGUAUUUUGUGUAUGGCUGAUUCAUAAGUAUAUUAUUUUGUCAGAUUUAGGCCUAAAUGUCAGAUGCAGGUGUAAGCUGGAACAAAAUGUGUGUGUCUCUGGGGUAGAGUAAAUGUUCCGUGACGCGUGCGUUUGGUUAUUAGGUUAACAAGAGCAAUCGUAGGACCAAUUGCCUUUUGUUACUAAUUUGAUCAAUUAACCAGAGGUUUUGGAGCCCAGGCUCAUUAAAUGGCCACACACCCUCUACAGAAGGGCUUUUUAUCCCCACAAUAAAAUUAUAUUAAAUGACAAGCAUAAUGGUUGUGGAGCAUUACAGCCAGCCUUUAAUGAAAAUAGAUUUUUACAUUUCAUUACUUUGUAUUUUUUCCCUGCUAAGAUUUUCCAUGCUUAUCUCUGCAUAGUAAUAGCAAAUUAUCAUCAGUUUUAAUCAUUUAUAUUUUUCCAUUCCUGCCACUGCCCGAUUGUAACCUGAUCUUGGAAUAUAAUGAGUUUUACAAUAGUCUAUUGCUCCUAUGAAUUCUGAAAAUGCAUAAUAUUUUCACGCACAGUAUAAUAUUAGCACUGUGGGUUCAAUAACACUAGGCUACUUCUAACCCCUCAUGAAGAUGAAGCUGAGCUACCUUGAUGAAGCCAUAGUGGAACUGAUAUUGUUCUUUUCUCUUUGCAGAACACGUGUGUUCCAUCAUAGCUUCCUGCCUGCGGAACCUGAAAGCCCAGCAGAGGACGAGGCUUCUCAGCAAGUUCACUGAGAACGACUGUGAGAAGGUGAGAUCUUCACGGAUCCACCACUGUGUGCAGAUUUUAAAAAAUCCCCAAUAUUUCUUAAAAAACGCAUUAGGAAAAUCAGCCCCAUUCAGGUUUUACAUGUUCAGUUCCACGAUAGAAGUCCCCUGGUACAGGUGUGAGCUUGUGUUGAUCAGCCUGUGAUUGGUCACUAUUAUUGACUGAAAUGUUGAUCCUGUGUUGGGAAGAGUUAUUAACCUCACCACCAGUGACUCUACCUGAGUGGUGCUACAGACACAGACCGACACGGUCGUAGACAUACAACAUGCCAGCCUCUGGCUGUCUGAAUCCUAUUUUCUCCCUACCUGGGGGUUUUGUAUGCAUAGUGCCUUUCAUUGGUGUCUGAUGUCUUCUCCCUCUGUCCUACAGGUUGAUAGACUGAUGGAGCUGCAUUUUAAGUACCUGGAAGCUGUUCAGCUGGCUGACAAGAGGAUUGAAGGAGAGAAACACGUAAGGGUCCUAUCCCUCACCCCCUCCGCUACCAACAGCCUGCAUUAUAACCUUGACUGACAAUAAAUCUGAAACAAGGGCAGAUAAGUGUCCAGAUAAGAAGAGUCAUUUUAGAUAGUCUUGUAAUUGUCACAACUUCAGGACUUGAGGCUAGCUUGGAGAGAGGCUGGAAUCUUUGAUAUAAAUCCAAUUCCCAAAUGUAAUGUUAUUAUCUACAUUAAGAAACUCCCCACCUUGUGUUGCAUGGACCCACUCAGAAUAUGCUGCUUUGUGAGAGUUAUGUCUGCUUGCUUGUUGUGGCUGGAAUCCCUCUCCAUUGUUACAGGCAGAGAUGCCCAAUGAGAUCCGAUCAGCCACAGGUAAGCAAGGCAGUGUUUCAUUCUGAUGCCCUGUGGUCCCAGAGAAUGUGUGAGGCCCAGACCAGUCUGUAGGCGGUGCUCUGCUGUGCUCCCUCAGACAGAUGGAAGGAGCCAGAUAAGAGCUGAGAAGUCUCUUCUCCAGCAGGAGAAAGAGGAAAGGAGAAGGUAAUAGAGUUUUAAGAAGGAGAUAGCGUUGAGAUUCAUAUCUGAUGAGAGAUUAAUUAUUUGACUCCCAUUGGUUUGAAAUUGCAAAUAAAAGGGUGACAGCUUGACACGGCUUGACAUUCCCCAUUACUUUUGAGUGACCAAGUAACAACCAAAGAACACAUUUCCUGUCUUCGCUAUCUUGAUACACAUGGAUAGCCCUAGUACAUUGUUCAAAAUGAGAAUGUAUAUACACUGCUCAAAAAAAUAAAGGGAACACUUAAACAACACAAUGUAACUCCAAGUCAAUCACACUUCUGUGAAAUCAAACUGUCCACUUAGGAAGCAACACUGAUUGACAAUAAAUGUCACAUGCUGUUGUGCAAAUGGAAUAGACAACAGGUGGAAAUUAUAGGCAAUUAGCAAGACACCCCCAAUAAAGGACUGGUUUUGCAGGUGGUGACCACAGACCACUUCUCAGUUCCUAUGCUUCCUGGCUGAUGUUUUAGUCACUUUUGAAUGCUGGCGGUGCUUUCACUCUAGUGGUAGCAUGAGACGGAGUUACAACCCACACAAGUGGCUCAGGUAGUGCAGCUCAUCCAGGAUGGCACAUCAAUGCGAGCUGUGGCAAGAAAGUUUGCUGUGUCUGUCAGCGUAGUGUCCAGAGCAUGGAGGCGCUACCAGGAGACAGGCCAGUACAUCAGGAGACGUGGAGGAGACCAUAGGAGGGCAGCAACCCAGCAGCAGGACUGCUACCUCCGCCUUUGUGCAAGGAGGAGCAGGAGGAGCACUGCCAGAGCCCUGCAAAAUGACCUCCAGCAGGCCACAAAUGUGCAUGUGUCUGCUCAAACGGUCAGAAACAGACUCCAUGAGGGUGGUAUGAGGGCCCGACGUCCACAGGUGGGGGUUGUGCUUACAGCCCAACAUCGUGCAGGACGUUUGGCAUUUUCCAGAGAACACCAAGAUUGGCAAAUUCGCCACUGGCGCCCUGUGCUCUUCACAGAUGAAAGCAGGUUAACACUGAGCACAUGUGACAGACGUGACAGAGUCUGGAGACGCCGUGGAGAACGUUCUGCUGCCUGCAACAUCCUCCAGCAUGACCGGUUUGGCGGUGGGUCAGUCAUGGUGUGGGGUGGCAUUUCUUUGGGGGACCGCACAGCCCUCCAUGUGCUCGCCAGAGGUAGCCUGACUGCCAUUAGGUACCGAGAUGAGAUCCUCAGACCCCUUGUGAGACCAUAUGCUGGUGCGGUUGGCCCUGGGUUCCUCCUAAUGCAAGACAAUGCUAGACCUCAUGUGGCUGGAGUGUGUCAGCAGUUCCUGCAAGAGGAAGGCAUUGAUGCUAUGGACUGGCCCGCCCGUUCCCCAGACCUGAAUCCAAUUGAGCACAUCUGGGACAUCAUGUCUCGCUCCAUCCACCAACGCCACGUUGCACCACAGACUGUCCAGGAGUUGGCGGAUGCUUUAGUCCAGGUCUGGGAGGAGAUCCCUCAGGAGACCAUCCGCCACCUCAUCAGGAGCAUGCCCAGGCGUUGUAGGGAGGUCAUACAGGCACGUGGAGGCCACACACACUACUGAGCCUCAUUUUGACUUGUUUUAAGGACAUUACAUCAAAGUUGGAUCAGCCUGUAGUGUGGUUUUCCACUUUAAUUUUGAGGGUGACUCCAAAUCCAGACCUCCAUGGGUUGAUAAAUUUGAUUUCCAUUGAUAAUUUUUGUGUGAUUUUGUUGUCAGCACAUUCAACUAUGUAAAGAAAAAAGUAUUUCAUAAGAUUAUUUCAUUCAUUCAGAUCUAGGAUGUGUUAUUUUAGUGUUCCCUUUUAUUUUUUUGAGCAGUGUAGUUUGGUUACAGAUUGAAGAAACGUAGUUAACUAAUACUUUAAGUAUCUUAUUUCAGUCCUGGCUGGGAUGUACUCUCAUGUCUUGUAUCUUUAAAGAUGCCAUUUCCUGCUGUGUCCUGUGCCUCCUCCACUUCCUUUGUACAACUGGCUGCUGUCAGCAGUUCCGUUUUUAUUACUCCACUCUCGUUCAGGUGUUAUUUUUUAGGGUAAGCAAAAUGUUUUCCUUUUCUACUCUACCAGAAUUUAAUAAGCUGCUUAUUUCCCCUCCCUCAUCCCUCUUUCUUGGUGAUAAUAAUAAGGAUCCUCUUGGAGAUUGAUUAAGUAAAGAAAAACAUGUCUGAGACUGACCUCAAUAUAGCAAAAUUCCUCUGCAGUAUUGAGAACCCGGGAAUCUCAGUUGUCUGCAUAUGAUUAAACUAAUCUCAUCUUCUAUUUAAAGGUUGUGUUAAGGCCCUGGGAAUUAGUCCCCACGUCUGCCCCCCCCCCCCCCCCCCCCCCAACCCUUCAUCUACUCUCUCUCCCCCCUCUCUCUCAUGUCUGCUUUCGAGGCAGACCGAGGCAGAGAGAUGGUAUCAAGAGAGAAGACGGUGCUAAGUUGCUGUGAAAUUGAUUAGUGCCGACUAGUAAUUACUGCUGUAGCCCCUGUCAGGUUAGUCAGGUCUCUGCUGACUGCAGGCAGGGAACGAGGAGUAGUCUAACUUCCUCCAGCUCCUCUAGGAGCCACACUAUCCUAAUGGUCAUGCUAUAGACAUAGACAUAGACAUACAGGGCUGCACAUUCUGCACGCAAACUGCAUCCAUAACUGGAGGUAUCGAUGCUAAAAGGAUUUCAAAGGAGAAAGUAACAACGGCUCAGCCGCGAAGUGGUACACCACACAAGCUCACAGUAGGGGACCACAGAGUGCUGAAGUGCGUAGCGCGUCAAAAUCGUCUGUCCUCAGUUGCAACACUCACUACCGAGUUCCAAACUGCCUCUGGAAGCAACGUCAGCACAAGAACUGUUUGUCGGGAGCUUCAUGAAAUGGGAUUCCAUGGCCGAGCAGCCGCACACAAGCCUAAGAUCACCAUGCUCAAUGCCAAGUGUCGGCUGGAGUGGUGUAAAGCUUGCCGCCAUUGGACUCUGGAGCAGUGGAUAAAGUGUUCUCUGGAGUGAGGAAUCACGCUUCACCAUCUGACAGUCUGACGGCGGAUCUGGGUUUGGCAGAUGCCAGGAGAACGCUACCUGCCCAAAUGCAUAGUGCCAACUGCAAAGUUUGGUGGAGGAGGAAUAAUGGUCUGGGGCUGUUUUUCAUGGUUCUGGCUAGGUUCCUUAGUCCCAGUGAAGGGAAAUCAUAACACUACAGCAUACAAUGACAUUAGGGCUGUCCCGACAAAAACAAAUGUUGUUCGACCGACAUUUUUUAACGUAUAUUUUUCCAUAUAUAGACACACCCAGUGUUUUAAUAAAAUCAACUACACUGCUCAAAAAAAUUAAGGGAACACUAAAAUAACACAUCCUAGAUCUGAAUGAAUGAAAUAAUCUUAUGAAAUACUUUUUUCUUUACAUAGUUGAAUGUGCUGACAACAAAAUCACACAAAAAUUAUCAAUGGAAAUCAAAUUUAUCAACCCAUGGAGGUCUGGAUUUGGAGUCACCCUCAAAAUUAAAGUGGAAAACCAUACUACAGGCUGAUCCAACUUUGAUGUAAUGUCCAUAAAACAAGUCAAAAUGAGGCUCAGUAGUGUGUGUGGCCUCCACGUGCCUGUAUGACCUCCCUACAACGCCUGGGCAUGCUCCUGAUGAGGUGGCGGAUGGUCUCCUGAGGGAUCUCCUCCUAGACCUGGACUAAAGCAUCCGCCAACUCCUGGACAGUCUGUGGUGCAACGUGGCGUUGGUGGAUGGAGCGAGACAUGAUGUCCCAGAUGUGCUCAAUUGGAUUCAGGUCUGGGGAACGGGCGGGCCAGUCCAUAGCAUCAAUGCCUUCCUCUUGCAGGAACUGCUGACACACUCCAGCCACAUGAGGUCUAGCAUUGUCUUGCAUUAGGAGGAACCCAGGGCCAACCGCACCAGCAUAUGGUCUCACAAGGGGUCUGAGGAUCUCAUCUCGGUAUCUAAUGGUAGUCAGGCUACCUCUGGCGAGCACAUGGAGGGCUGUGCGGUCCCCCAAAGAAAUGCCACCCCACACCAUGACUGACCCACCGCCAAACCGGUCAUGCUGGAGGAUGUUGCAGGCAGCAGAACGUUCUCCACGGCGUCUCCAGACUCUGUCACAUCUGUCACAUGUGCUCAGUGUGAACCUGCUUUCAUCUGUGAAGAGCACAGGGCGCCAGUGGCGAAUUUGCCAAUCUUGGUGUUCUCUGGCAAAUGCCAAACGUCCUGCACGGUGUUGGGCUGUAAGCACAACCCCCACCUGUGGACGUCGGGCCCUCAUACCACCCUCAUGGAGUCUGUUUCUGACCGUUUGAGCAGACACAUGCACAUUUGUGGCCUGCUGGAGGUCAUUUUGCAGGGCUCUGUCAGUGCUCCUCCUGCUCCUCCUUGCACAAAGGCGGAGGUAGCAGUCCUGCUGCUGGGUUGUUGCCCUCCUACGGCCUCCUCCACGUCUCCUGAUGUACUGGCCUGUCUCCUGGUAGCGCCUCCAUGCUCUGGACACUACGCUGACAGACACAGCAAACCUUCUUGCCACAGCUCGCAUUGAUGUGCCAUCCUGGAUGAGCUGCACUACCUGAGCCACUUGUGUGGGUUGUAACUCCGUCUCAUGCUACCACUAGAGUGAAAGCACCGCCAGCAUUCAAAAGUGACCAAAACAUCAGCCAGGAAGCAUAGGAACUGAGAAGUGGUCUGUGGUCACCACCUGCAAAACCAGUCCUUUAUUGGGGAUGUCUUGCUAAUUGCCUAUAAUUUCCACCUGUUGUCUAUUCCAUUUGCACAACAGCAUGUGACAUUUAUUGUCAAUCAGUGUUGCUUCCUAAGUGGACAGUUUGAUUUCACAGAAGUGUGAUUGACUUGGAGUUACAUUGUGUUGUUUAAGUGUUCACUUAAUUUUUUUGAGCAAUGUAUAUACAUUGAGCUUGUCUGAUGAAAUAAGACAAAUGCCUCAAGCGUGCCAGAUAUCUAGAUAACUUUGCCUGAUCCAACUAUUCUCCUCCCUCUCCUGCUGGCUUUCACAGGUUCUACCAUUACUCUCCUGAAGUUGCUGGUAAUAGGCUACAGGAGGAGUCGGCAACCUUUCUCAUGUGGAAUGCCAAUUUAUCUUACAAUUUCUACCGAUCUGCAUGUUAUGGUUUUCAUAUGCUAAUUUGCGUGAACGUUUCAUUUAAUUUAUAAUAAUUUCUUCAUGUCUCAAUAUCAUUGUCAUGUGGUUAAUCAAAAAUAUAUCCAAAUUAAAUGAAAAUGAUACAAACCUAAAAAGUAACUUAUAUUGCCAUUGCCAGCUAUGUAAAAAUAGCCUACAUAAAGCCAACAAAUAAAAACAUUGCAGCCUGCAGGUAGAAAAUAUCCUGAUUAAAAAAUAAAUAUCCUGUGAAUCACAUUGGCUACACAUGGCCUGUCUGCAACGAACUUGAAACAUUGUAUCAACUAUUAACUUGGGUCCAGCCAGAAGCUUGCACUAGCGAACUUGCAACAUUGUAUAUUCUGGGCCCUCAGAGUUUCCGUGAGCUCCGGACAGACACAGCUGUAGGCUAUUUGCGCAAGGGAUAAGAAGCAGUGCUUGACUUGGGCAGGAGCUCACCGGAGCUGUGUACCGGCACCUCAAAUGUUCUACUGCUUGAACUCCUGUUCCUCUUAUAGAAAUUAGCUCAAACAUAUUGUGGAGCUCCUGCACCUAAAUAUAAACAGCACCAUCACCCAAAAUAAGUACCGGAACCUAUUUCAGUCCAAGUCAAGCACCGAUAAGAAGUAAUCAGGUAGAUCUAUUUCAUGACGUUUCCACUGUAUCAGUGCAUGACAUUUUUCCCUUUCACGCUGAGUGGUUAUCGAAGGGAGAGCGCUGGAAAGAUUUUACUAAUACAUUGAGGAACUAAUGUAAUUCUCAAUGGAUGUAAAAACAGACUUCGUUUGCUUGCUGUUUUGAGGUGAAGAAAACAUUACUUUGAGAAGCUCCACAGGUCAUCAUUAGUUGUGGUGCGUUAAGCCAACCAGAAAUAGUAUCAGAUCCCUAAAUGGGCACAUUUAUAUGCCUACAUUUGCGCGCAGGCCAGGUAGCCUACAGGCCUACUUCUAUGUGUGCGCGUCCUUACUCAACAUUGACAGGAGCGCUCCAAACAAAAGACAAUGACUACAUUUGACAAAACUCAUAAAUCAAAUGAAAUAAACCAAAACUUGUUUCUCACAAGUGUAGCAUAGGUUGUGCACUCUACAAACAAUGUGUCCACUCCGACAAUGAGAACAGGAAGACUGGAAUAAUAAUAUUGAAUGCAUUAACAGAAAUUACCGUAACCAAAGUAACAAACAUUGUAGAUUCGAAACUAUAGGAAUUAACGGUAAAUGUACUACUGGUGAUGUAGGUAAUGGGGAAUUGAUAUACAUUAACAAUCAAACGCAAACAAUUCACACAAUGAAGUUAUGAAACAAUGAAUGUGCACAAAUUGGCGGCAGAGAGCGCAUUCUGGAGAGAGAAGUGAAUGGUAAAUCCAACGUCUGCAUUGGCCAUGCAGCAUUUAUGGUGAUACUGCCUCAGCAGAAGUCAGGGCAUUCAUACUAAUUGCGCUUCGCGGAGCAGUGCAGAGCUGUUGUCAAGGAAGUGAGUUUGUGUUUUCUACAGGAUGUUCUGCCCCCACCUACCGUCAACCAAUCAUGUCAAUGUGGAGCUAUACAGCGCCCUAAGCAUUGUAAAAGAUGUGGCUCCAGUCAUUAGAAUGAGCCUGUUCUCCUCAAUUAAGGUGCCACCAACCUCCUGUGCUAUAUAUUUGUUACUGCUUGACAAAAAUAAUCUAUGUUGACCAACAGCCUAACGACCAAACAAUCUACCAGUUGACUAAUUGAGGUCAGCCCUAAAUGACAUUCUAGAUGAUUCUGUUCUUCCGACUUUGUGGCAACAGUUUAGUGAAGGCCCUUUUCUGUUUCAGCAUGACAAUGGCCCCGUGCACAAUGCGAGGUCCAUACAGAAAUGGUUUGUCGAGAUCGGUGUGGAAGAACUUGACUGGCCUGCACAGAGCCCUGACCUCAACCCCAUCGAACACCUUUGGGAUGUAUUGGAACGCCGACUGCGAGCCAGGCCUAAUCGCCCAACGUCAGUGCCCGACCUCACUAAUGCUCUUGUGGCUGAAUGGAAGCAAGUCCCCGCAGCAAUGUUCCAACAUCUAGUGGAAAGCCUUGCCAGAAGAGUGGAGGCUGUUAUAGCAGCAAGGGGGGGACCAACUCCAUAUUAAUGCCCAUGAUUUUGGAAUGAGAUGUUCGACAAGCAGGUGUCCACAUACUUUUGGUCAUGUAGUUUACCUUUCUUCCAAUUUAAGUGUGGGUGGUUGGUUUCAAUGCGUUGGUUAUUUUUGCUCCUCUCUCUCCCUGCUUCCUGUCUUCGGACCUGCUCCGGCCUCAUUAAGAGAAUGGAGCCGUAGCUCAGACAUCCAUUACCUCAGCCUCUGUGUGCAGGAGGGCUCUGCCUGUGUGCUGAGGGGUUGAUGGGAGCUGGGUAGGGAUAAGGCCUGAAAGGUCCUAUUGCGCAGCAUCAUCUCCCAGCCAACCACUGGAGUCUUAUUGAUCCUUGUGAUGGCUUAAAGUGUGUACAUUUGUGUGUGUGUGGGUACUUGUGUUUGUAUUUAGGUGGUUGCCUGUUUCUGGGAUUCUAUUACCUAGGUUAGGAUCAAAAUAGAGGAAAAUGCCAUUUGAUUACUGAAAAGCCUAAAUGUUAAUCUGUGCGACUAUCAAAAUGGAAAAUCAGCAUCUCUCCCUCUUCAAGUUUUUAUCCCUCAACUAGUCUUACACCACAGAAGUGAAAUUAUUCGGGAAGCCCUCCGGAGUACAGAGGGCUACAGUAAGCUCAAGGAAAGUGCUGACAAAGAAGUAACUUUAAUUCUUUGCAUUCCACCAGAGGAAAAUCAUGGAGCCAGCAUUCGUUCCAUUUUGCUAUUGUAAUAUUAACACCUGCGCUGGACCAGGAUGUGGAAUGGAGAAGAGACUGAAAAUUGGUCCUUAUUACUUUCUCCUUGGCGGUUGGUUGUCAGGCCUCAUUCCUUAAUUAAGUCGUCCAGGCUUCCUUUGAAAAAGUUUUUCUUCACUCCCAAUUAUUUCCAGAGUAAUGAGGACAGACUAGGUGGUAUGUUUGCCAGUCCCUUUGUCCCUAGGGUUUGCUAUACAUUAGCAUAUACAGCCAUUUUUAUCCACUGGGUCUGAUGCAGUAGCGAGCCUAUAUGAGAGGAACGCCUCAGAACAGGCAGGAGUUUUGUUCUGAAAGCUGCACCAGCUAUAUCCCCAGAUGUGUUUUUAAACAUUGUUUUCAAUCAUGGGUAAGCCUAUUGUUUUACAUGUAAACAGGCUGGAGUUGCAAAUGUUUACAAGUCCCAAAAUAGUUUAGUCUUUGAUAGAAGCAUACUAAAGAUAUUUUAACGUCAUAAAUUACUAUAGCUUGAAUGUGUCUUGAUAUGAUUUAUUUAAAGAGAUGGAGCCCUUCAAAGUUGUAAUGCUUUCAAAUUCAAGUCAACAGACAGGCUUCAGUAUUUUAAUCUUAAUGUCAAGCACACAGUAUUACCCUCUGGAUCCACAUUUGAAGAGCAGUUUGUUUUCAUCACAAACCUCUUUCUAAAGGAUCCUGUUUGUUUGCUCAUAUAUAGAGCACUGAUUAAUAUUCCUGUUCGAUGCCCUUGUGUAUGACUAUUAGAGCACACCUUGACUGCUGUUGUGUGCAUGCCAGCAAUAUGCCUCCCUCUCUGAUGCCAGAAUAUCCCUUGAAAAGAGAUUUAGUCCUGAGGGGGAGGCUGAUGUCUAUUGGUGCAAUUAUAUCCAGUAAAGAAUGCCAACUGUCAUGUUCCCCACCUGGGCUGACAGCAGGGUGAGAGCUAACAUGCACAUCAGAGUUCUGUUGCAGUUUUUCUCAGGUGUCAAGUCGUCAUGGUUAGGAGUUAGGCACCACAUGCUAGAAGCCCCUUCUCAGUCCGUUUGCAUGGCUCUUAAUGAUGAUUAAUGUGGCCGUUGUGUGUAUUGACAGCCAUACAUUAUUGGCAUAUGGACAGAUUUGUUAAGAUGGAUAACUAUGCAGGUGUGCAUGCGAGCAGCAGAGCAGACCCCCUGGCCACUUAACUCUUAAAUCAAUUGAUUUGUGUGUUGACUUGAUCUAUAAAGAGAUUGGAUUUGGAAAGGUUGACAAACAACACUGAAUUAAUAUUUUUUUUCCUGUGUGUGUGUGUAUUUAACAGGACAUGGUUAAACGUGGUGUGAUCCUGGAUGAUGUGAUGGAGGAUGAGUUCUAUCUACGGAGGCUGGAUGCUGGGCUGUUUGUCCUCCAGUUGCUCUGUUACAUCAUGGUGGAGAUCAGCAACUCAGCGAUAUCUCAGGUAGGGCCAUGGGCUGAUUUACAUUACAUAUAAAAAUACCUACUGUAUGCACAGUAUACAGUGCCUUCGGAAAGUAUUCAGACCCCUUGACUUUUCCACAUUUUGUUACGUUACAGCCUUAUUCUAAAAUGAUUUUAAAAAUAUAUAUAUAUAUAUCCUCAUCAAUCUACACACAAUACUCCAUAAUGACAAAGCAAAAAGAGGUUUUUAGAAAUUGUUGCUAAUUUAUUAAAUAUUAAAAACUUAAAUACCACAUUUACAUAAGUAUUCAGACCCUUUACUCAGUACUUUGUUGAAGCACCUUUGGCUGCGAUUACAGCAUCAAUUAUUCUUGGGUAUGACGCUACAAGCUUGGCACACCUGUAUUUGGGGAGUUUCUCCCCAUUCUUCUCUGCAUACCCUCUCAAGCUCUGUCAGGUUGGGUGGGGAGCGUUGCUGCACAGCUAUUUUCAGGCCUCUCCAGAGAUGUUCGAUUGGGUUCAAGUCCGGGCUCUGACUGGGCCACUCAGGGACAUUCAGAGACUUGUCCCGAAGCCACUCCUGCGUUGUCUUGGCUGUGUGCUUAGGGUCGUUGUCCUGUUGGAAGGUGAACCUUCGCCCCAGUCGGAGGUCCUGAGCGCUCUGGAGCAGGUUUUAAUUUACAUUUACAUUUACGUCAUUUAGCAGACGCUCUUAUCCAGAGCGACUUACAAAUAGGUGCAUUCACCCUAUAGCCAGUGGGAUAACCACUUUACAAUAUCAUUUUUUUUUUUUUUUAGGGGGGGGGGGGGGGUAGAAGGAUUACUUUAUCCUAUCCCAGUGACUCCGCUGUCCUGGCGUCGUGAGGGAGCUUGUUCCACCAUUGGGGUGCCAGAGCAGCGAACAGUUUUGACUGGGCUGAGCGGGAACUAUGCUUCCGCAGAGGAAGGGGAGCCAGCAGGCCAGAGGUGGAUGAACGCAAUGCCCUCGUUUGGAUGUAGGGACUGAUCAGAGCCUGAAGGUACAGAGGUGCCGAUCCCCUCACAGCUCCAUAGGCAAGCACCAUGGUCUUGUAACAGAUGCGAGCUUCAACUGGAAGCCAGUGGAGUGUGCGGAGGAGCGGGGUGACGUGAGAGAACUUGGGAAGGUUGAACACCAGACGGGCUGCGGCAUUCUGGAUGAGUUGUAGGGGUUUAAUGGCACAGGCAGGGAGCCCAGCCAACAGCGAGUUGCAGUAAUCCAGACGGGAGAUGACAAGUGCCUGGAUUAGGACCUGUGCCGCUUCCUGUGUAAGGCAGGGUCGUACUCUCCGAAUGUUGUAGAGCAUGAACCUGCAGGAUCGGGUCACCGCCUUGAUGUUAGUGGACAACGACAGGGUGUUGUCCAGGGUCACGCCAAGGCUCUUCGCACUCUGGGAGGAGGACACAAUGGAGUUGUCAACCGUGAUGGCGAGAUCAUGGAACGGGCAGUCCUUCCCCGGGAGGAAGAGCAGCUCCGUCUUGCCAAGGUUCAGCUUGAGGUGGUGAUCCGUCAUCCAUACUGAUAUGUCUGCCAGACAUGCAGAGAUGCGAUUCGCCACCUGGUUAUCAGAAGGGGGAAAGGAGAAGAUUAGUUGUGUAUCGUCAGCGUAGCAAUGAUAGGAGAGGCCAUGUGAGGAUAUGACAGAGCCAAGUGACUUGGUGUAUAGGGAGAAUAGGAGAGGGCCUAGAACUGAGCCCUGGGGGACACCAGUGGUGAGAGCACGUGGUGCGGAGACAGCUUCUCGCCACGCCACUUGGUAGGAGCGACCGGUCAGGUAGGACGCGAUCCAGGAGUGAGCCGCGCCGGAGAUGCCUAGCUCGGAGAGGGUGGAGAGGAGGAUCUGAUGGUUCACAGUAUCAAAGGCAGCAGACAGGUCUAGAAGGACAAGAGCAGAGGAGAGAGAGUUAGCUUUAGCAGUGCGGAGAGCCUCCGUGACACAGAGAAGAGCAGUCUCAGUUGAAUGACCAGUCCUGAAACCUGACUGGUUUGGAUCAAGAAGGUCAUUCUGAGAGAGAUAGCAAGAGAGUUGGCUAAAGACGGCACGCUCAAUAGUUUUGGAAAGAAAAGAAAGAAGGGAUACUGGUCUGUAGUUGUUGACAUCAGUGGGAUCGAGUGUUGGUUUUUUGAGAAGGGGUGCAACUCUCGCUCUCUUGAAGACGGAAGGGACAUAGCCAGCGGUCAAGGAUGAGUUGAUCAGCGAGGUGAGGUAGGGGAGAAGGUCACCGGAGAUGGUCUGGAGAAGAGAGGAGGGGAUGGGGUCAAGCGGGCAGGUUGUUGGGCGGCCUGCAGUCACAAGUCGCAAGAUUUUAUCUGGAGAGAGAGGGGAGAAAGAAGUCAAAGCAUAGGGUAGGGCAGUGUGAGCAGGACCAGCAGUGUCAUUAGGCUUAACAAACGAGGAUCGGAUGUCGUCAACCUUCUUUUCAAAGCGGUUGACGAAGUCAUCCACAGAGAGAGAGGAGGGGGGGGGGGGGGGGGGAUUCAGCAGGGAGGAGAAUGUGGCAAAGAGCUUCCUAGGGUUAGAGGCAGAUGCUUGGAAUUUAGAGUGGUAGAAAGUGGCCUUAGCAGCAGAAACAGAUGAAGAAAAUGUAGAGAGGAGGGAGUGAAAAGAUGCCAGGUCGGCAGGGAGUUUAGUUUUCUUCCAUUUCCGCUCCGCUGCCCGGAGCUCUGUUCUGUGAGCUCGCAAUGAGUCAUCAAGCCACGGAGCUGGAGGGGAGGACCAAGCCGGCCGGGAGGAUAGGGGUCACAGAGAGUCAAAGGAUGCAGAAAGGGAGGAGAGGAGGGUUGAGGAGGCAGAAUCAGGAGAUUGGAGGGAGAAGGAUUGAGCAGAGGGAAGAGAUGAUAGGAUGGAAGAGGAGAGAGUAGUGGGAGAGAGAGAGCGAAGGUUGCGGCGGCGCAUUACCAUCUGUGUAGGGGCAGAGUGAGUAGUGUUGGAGGAGAGCGAGAGAGAAAAGGAUACAAAGUAGUGGUCGGAGACAAGGAGGGGAGUUGCAGUGAGAUUAGUAGAAGAGCAGCAUCUAGUAAAGAUGAGGUCAAGCGUAUUGCCUGCCUUGUGAGUAGGGGGGGACGGUGAGAGGGUGAGGUCAAAAGAGGAGAGGAGUGGAAAGAAGGAGGCAGAGAGAAAUGAGUCAAAUGUAGACGUAGGGAGGUUGAAAUCCCCCAAAACUGUGAGGGGUGAGCCAUCCUCAGGAAAGGAACUUAUCAAGGCGUCAAGCUCAUUGAUGAACUCUCCAAGGGAACCUGGAGGGCGAUAGAUGACAAGGAUAUUAAGCUUAAAUGGGCUAGUGACUGUGACAGCAUGGAAUUCAAAUGAGGAGAUAGACAGAUGGGUUAGGGGAAAAAUUGAGAAUGUCCACUUGGGAGAGAUGAGGAUUCCUGUGCCACCACCCCUCUGACCAGAUGCUCUCGGGGUAUGCGAGAACACAUGGUCAGACGAGGAGAGAGCAGUAGGAGUAGCAGUGUUUUCAGUGGUAAUCCAUGUUUCCGUCAGCGCCAGGAAGUCGAGGGACUGGAGGGUAGCAUAGGCUGGGAUGAAGUCAGCCUUGUUGGCAGCAGAACGGCAGUUCCAGAGGCUGCCUGAGACCUGGAACUCCAGGUGUGGGGUGCGUGCAGGGACCACCAGGUUAGAGAGGCAGCAGCCACGCGGUGUGAGGCGUUUGUGUAGCCUGUGCGGAGAGGAGAGAACAGGGAUAGGCAGAGGCAUAGUUGACAGGCUGUAGCAAAUGGCUACAAUAAUGCAGAGGAGAUCGGAAUGAAAUGAACUAAACAUCUGGGAAAGGAGAGAGUAAAAACCAAAACUCCCAAAUAUAACUCUCCCAACUUCACCUCAGAAACUAUAAUUGUUUCACUGAACCACCCGAAUAAAACUCUCCCAACUUCCACUUUAGAAAUUAGAAUUGUUGUGAAAUACAGCGGUUCAAUGUUUCAAGGAAUAGACUCAACUUACUUUAUUCAGCUAGCUAACUAUGACGCUAUAGCUAACUAGCAUGCUAGCAUCCAAUAACACACAGUUUAGCACCAAUACUUGGUUACAACAAACUACCAAUAGUGUGUUAACACACUAAACAGAUAAUUCAUGUCCGUGUCUAGUUCCUUUCAUAACGCAGCAAUAAUUAAAUGUUGGCUAGCUAGCACAAAUAUAUUGUAUUUAGCUGCUACAGUACAGCUAGCCGGUCGUGUUGGCUAGCUAGCAAUGGCUGCUGUGUUGACUUUGUUUGAAUAACGGCGGCGCUGCGAACAAAUGUAGCUGGCUAAAAGGAUAUUGUAUUUAGUUGCUACCGUUGCUAAUAGCUACUCGCCAGCUAGUCCAGGAGGUGAGUUAGCUAGCUACACCCGGCACCGCCGAAUACAAUGCUAACCUACAAUAACUACCCACAACAGCCCACGAUGCCUACCUAUAAUACCUAAUAAUAUACAGCCCACGAUGCCUACCUAUAAUACCUAACUACAAUCUAAAUACAUAGUUUAAGCCUUACUCGACAAAGCCCAAGCUAUGUAUAAAGCCAAACUUACCCGACGCCAGCUGUCUGACUUUGCUCCGUUCAACUUUGCCUCGAUUCUGACUAGUGUCCCAGUCCCUGCCGCUGAAAAACAUACCCACAGCAUGAUGCUGCCACCACCAUGCUUCAUCGUAGGGAUGGUGCCAGGUUUCCUCCAGAUGUGACGCUUGGCAUUCAGGCCAAAGAGUUCAAUCUUGGUUUCAUCAGACCAGAAAAUCUUGUUUACAGAGUGUCUUUAGGUGCUUUUUGGCAAACUCAAAGCGUGCUAUAAUAUGCCUUUUACUGAGGAGUGGUUUCCGUCUGGCCAUAAAUGAUUGGUGGAGUGCUGCAGAGAUGGUUGUCCUUCUGGAAGGUUUUCCCAUCUCCACAGAGGAACUCUAGAGCUCUGUCAGAGUGACCAUCAGGUUCUUCUCCCCCGAUUGCUCAGUUUGGUCGGGCGGCCAGCUCUAGGAAGAGUCUUGGUGGUUCCAAACAUCUUCUAUUUAAGAGUGAUGGAGGCAACUGUUUUCUUGGACCUUCAAUGCUGAAGAAAUUCUUUGGUACCCUUCCCCAGAUCUGUGUCUAGACACAAUCCUGUCUCGGAGCUCUACGGACAAUUCCUUCAACCUCAUGGCUUGGUUUUUGCUCUGACAUGCACUGUCAACUGUGGGACGGUAUAUAGACAGGUGUGUGCCUUUCUAAAUCAUGUCCAAUAUACCACAGCUGGACUCCAAUCAAGUUGUAGAAACAUUUCAAGGAUGAUCAAUGGAAACAGGAUGCACCUGAGCUCAAUUUUGAGUCUUAUAGCAAAGGGUCUGAAUGCUUACGUAAAAUAAGGUAUUCCUGUUUUUUAUUUGUAAUAAAUUAGCGGAAUUUCUAAAAACCUGUUUUCGCUUUGUCAUUAUGGGGUAUUGUGUUUAGAUUGCUGAGGAUUGUUUUCUUUUAAAUCCAUUUUAGAAUAAGUUUGUAACGUAACAAAAGUGUAAAAAGUCAAGUGGUCUGAAUACUUUCCGAAGGUACACUACAUGACCAAAAGUAUGUGGAGACUUGCUUGUUGAACAUCUCAUUCCAAAAUCAUGAGCAUUAAUAUGGAGUUGGUCCCCCCUUUGUUGCUAUAACAGCGUCCACUCUUCUGGGAAGGUUUCCCUCUAGACGUUGGAACAUUGCUGCGGGGACUUGCUUCCAUUUAGCCACGAGCAUUAGUGAGGUCGGGCACCGAUGUUGGGCGAUUAGGCCUGGCUCGCAGUCAGCGUUCCAAUUCAUCCCAAAGAUGUUGGAUGGAGUUGAGGUCAGGGCUCUGUGCAGGCCAGUCAAGUUCUUCCACACCAAUCUCGACAAACCAUUUCUGUAUGGACCUCGCUUUGUGCACAGGGGCAUUGUCAUGCUGAAACAGGAAAGGGUCUUCCCCAAACUGUUGCCACAAAGUUGUAAGCACAGAAUCGUCUAGAAUGUCAUUGUAUGCUGUAGCGUUAAAAUGUCCCUUCACUGGAACUAAGGGGCCUAGCCCAAACCAUGAAAAACAGCCCCAGACCAUUAUUCCUCCUCCACCAAACUUUACAAUUGGCACUAUGCAUUUGGGCAGGUAGCGUUCUCCUGGCUUCCGCCAAACCCAGAUUAAUCUGUCGGACUGACAGAUGGUGAAGCGCGAUUCAUUACUCCAGAGAACGUGUUUCCAUUGCUCCAGAAUCCAAUGGUGUUGAGCUUUACACCACUCCAGCUGAUACUUGGCAUUGUGCAUGGGGAUCUUAGGCUUGUGUGCGGCUGUUCGGCCAUGGAAACCCAUUUCAUGAAGCUCCCGACUAACAGUUAUUGUGCUGACAUUGCUUCCUGAGGCAGUUUGGAACUUGGUAGUGAGUGUUGCAACCGAGGACAGACGUUCUUUGAGCUUGUGUGGCGUACCACUUCGUGGCUGAGCCGUUGUUGCUCCUAGACGUUUCCACUUCACAAUAACAGCCCUUACAAUUGACCGGGGCAACUUUAGCAGCGCAGAAAUUUGACGAACUGACUUGUUGGAAAGGUGGCAUCCUAUGACAGUGCCACGUUGAAAGUCACUGAGCUCUUCAGUAAGUUCAUUCUACUGCCAAUGUUUGUCUAUGGAGAUUGCAUGCCUGUGUGCUCGAUUUUAUACACCUGUCAGCAACGGGUGUGGCUGAAAUAGCCGAAUCCACUAAUUUGAAGGGGUGUUCACAUACUUUUGUAUAUAUAGUGUACCUUUUUAGCUUAACUUCUGAGUGAAAUAGUGUUAACUUUACAAUGUGACAGAGGCUAAGUGUACAGUAUGCUAGCGUUAUCAGUGAUUCAGUCAUGACCCUUUGUCCUUUCUCCUCUCAGCUGCAGCAGAGGGUGCAUCAGAUCCUCAACCUGAGGGGAGGCUCUGUCAAAGUGGUGCGGCACAUCAUGAGAGGUGAGGGUCCACUCCACACCCUGCUAGAGGGAGAGAGACUAGCACUGAUGUAUUUACUCCGAAGCCAUACAACACCUAGCCUAAUUAACAGCCUUACUCUUUCCUUCUUUACCUAAAAGGCAUAAGUACAUUUGUACUAUGUGUUUUUAGUUUAUAUAUUCAUGUGAUUGUAUUUUGAGUUAUUUAUUAACCUCUGUCAUUGUCAACUAAGACCAGGAAGCUGUGGACGGCAUGGCUCUCUCAGCCCUGAUGACAUGUAGAGAUGUAAAUAGAGACGUCCGUCAUGUCACAGCUUGGACAGGGUAGCGAAUCUCAUGUUGAUGUGCAGCACUAGCCCCAUGUCCCCUGUCUCCUGUCCCUCGAGAGCAAACAGUUACUACUUACUUUACGUUCAUGCUCAGCUACCCGCCCCUCAGCUGUGAGUCUGUCUGUGUGUGUGCGCUUGUGUGGCUGACAUUGUGGGUGCUAUUAGAGUGGGAAGCUCAUCCCUGAUCUCCCUCAUUUAAAAGGCUGACUCCUGCAUUGGACAUGGCUUUGGCAGCAUGAAAAUGUUAAAUACAUUCAGAGAGGAUGUCAAGGGCUCUGAACUUGACCCCGGUCUUUUAGAAUGAAAAUGGAGGCUGUCUAGAGUGGACCGCUAAUGAAUUUGGCAUGACCGAAUAUAUACAAAUGUUUUGCUGACUAUUAUCUCACACCCGUUCUAUGGAUAAUAUGGAGCUUGAGAAUAGAUUGUAAUACUAGAUUGUUGUUAAUUUUAUUGAAUGAUACACUAGGUAUAUUACAUUCUGUCUGCUCCAGAUGAUAUAGGAUGUCUGUCCAGGCCUCUACACUCCAGCAGCCUCAGUGGUCUGGCCAGGCAGGGUGAAAUGACCUUAUUGUCUGACUGGCUCCCACCAGAUGGGGCCUCUUGGCCCUCAGCUCAGAGUGGGAGGUUCUGUGGAACCAAGGUAUCAAUGAAACUGUGUUGGGGAAUUAAGAAUGUACUGUAUCUUUCUCCAAGCCGGCACCAGCUGUGGUUUCAUACACUAGCUCAGAUCGACAGCUGCUCAGUAAAAGGGCCCAACCUGUGAAGUCACGUGUGGUGGACGGUGCCAUCCAGAAGCAUAAUGAUCCCGUGGUUGUGUUGUGUGUGACUGCCAUGUCCUCUGUCUGCCAUACCCUCCCAACCAGUGUAGCCUGAGGUUUUGAAGUCUUGCAUAAAAAGACUACAACCUACAGAUUGAAGGUGUUAUUCUUGGGAGAAAUGAAGCAUUGAAGUUCUUCAGAGUGUCUUGACAAGCACUGCAGCAGUCUGCACUCCCUGUUAUCUUCAGCUCAUAGCCUCAUCGAUGAUUAACCUACUUGUCUGACGGUGAGACUGGCCCGAAAAUUAAGUGCGACAUUUGCGAUCGAGCAGGAAGCCCUAGCCAGUGACCCAGCAAAUGGUGGCAGCGUUUGUCACGCCAUAUUCCCCUCAGCCCGGUCGCCACAGUGACAGGAAGAGCACCUUAGAACGCCAGCCCAUGAUUCUGGAGAGUGGACCUGUCUUCUUGAGGCUAAUUCCAGGGGAUAUUGGGAUUGUGUGGGUCAUUUGUGGAACCCUGCUGGCACACACACAUUCGGGCUGAAUGAGCAGGGUAUGAUGUAGAAUGUAGGACUUCAAGAAAAUAUUUGGAGUCUUGUUUUUUGUUAGUGCUUAAUACCACUGUGUAUAGUUUUACUAUCAGUCAUCAUGAAUAUGAGAUUCAGAGCUCUGCUCUGUGUUAGAAUUUAUGCUCAUGAUCGUGGCUGUGGUUACUGAAUCUCAUGAGGAAAUGAAUCCUCUCUGGUUGCAAACUCCUUGUGAUUCACCCCAGCAUUCUAUUGAAGGCAUAUUUUCCCCCUUGCCUCAGGCCAUUGUCAGAAACUCCUUUAUUCUCUGGUGUUUUAAAAGAGAAAAACUAUUUUUGAUCUCUCCUCAAGGGACCACAGGCUUUACUGGUAAUCCUGCGUUGGGGCUACCUGCGUUGGGCCUCUGACAGCACACUCUCCUCCACAUUAGACUCACAAAUAGACUGCUGCUUUCAGAGGCUAUGCCUGUGUGACUGCCUGGAGUUCCACAGCGACUUUGCCUCAGUCAAAGAAGAGUGUGAGUUGGCAGGGAAUAUAGGCUGAAGUUAUGUACCCCUGAGAGACAUGGUGUAAGUCAGGGGAUAUAGGAAUAAACACACAGUAUACUGCACUGCUAGAGAGCAACACUGGAUCGACAGGCUAGAACAUAGGGUUGGAGAUACAGUUUCAGUUUUAGAAAAAUUUAUAUCAUCCUAGAUUUCUAGGUUGCAGACUGCAGCCUUUUCUAAAUCUCUCCUUUUUUUGUAUUCUGGCCUCGGCACUAAGCUAUGGGUUAUUCUACACACGUAUGGAGUACUGGGUGUGUGUUCAGUGUCCACGCAUGUAUUCAUGUGUGGGCGUGAGCGAGAGGAAAAGAGCGGGAGUUAUGUCAUUGUAAUUCAGGAACAUCCUCCUAGGGUUGAAUUCUCUUUCCUUUGAUUUGUUUGGAUUACAGGAACCAUGCCCAUGGAGAGGUUUGAUUCAAAAGAAGACUGCGUGAAGAGCUCAUAGUCAGCCAAACUAAACUUGGGGACUUGUCUUUUUCAGAGUAUGCUGAAAACAUUGGUGACGGGAAGAGUGAGGAGUUCAAAGAGAGCGAGCAGAAGAGGAUCAUGGACCUGCUGGAGAACUUCUAA